CUGGGUGAGCUGGAGCUGCAUGUGGCUGCCGCCAGUGCUGGGCUCGAUGGCAGCCUACGCCUGACUCUGCAAGGUCUGGGCCUUCGGAUGUUGCUGAGGGGUGCAGGCAGUAUCGGCCCAGCUUUGCAAGGUGCGGGGUAAAAUCCACCCCAGAACCUAGCCAUGGGUGUAGCCAGGAUUGGGGUGGGGAGAUCUUUUUGCACCAGAACCUCAGAUUUGUACUGAUUUUUACUUAUUGGGGGGGGGGGCACAGGAAGGAAACAAGAUUGGAAGGGGGCCACAGUCGUAAAAAGGUUGGGAAACACUGGACUAGAUGACUCUCGUGAUCCCUUCCAACUCUGUGAUUCUGUGAAGUAUCUCAAAGUGAUGUACAAUAAAAAAGCAGAAAACUGUUUGAAAAACCAAAAUGAUAUAUUCAAAAACAAGACAGUACGAAAUAGACACCCAUGGCAGAGACCCAUUCACGCAGCUUGGAAAAGUCCAUCAGAACAAAAAAUGUUUCCACUUGCUUCCAGAAUGUGUGGAUAGUUGGCGCAUGUCCCCUCUGGACAGGAAUGUUUUCCCACAGAACGGAGGCCGUCACACUCAAAGCCCUGCUGAGUUACUGUAGAAUAGGCUUCUGAUAUCUUUGGAGCUUGCAGGAGGACCUCUUCCGCAGACCACAAUUAGUUUCCUACUGGGUAUGUAAGGCAGAAGAGAGCCUUCUCAGUGGCUGCUCCCAGACUUUAGAACUCCCACCCCAGAGAAGUUAGACUGGCUACUUCCUUGCUGUCCUUCUGCCGGCAGGUGAAGACUUUAUACUUUUUGGGAAUUGACUGCUUUUAAUUAAAGGGCUGGUGCUCUACUGUUUUUAUUGUAAUUACUGGUAUGUUUAAAACAGAUUUAAUAUAUCUCUAUAGUUUUAAUUCCGCCAAUGUGUAAUUGUAUUUUAAUGAUUGAUUUUUAAAAUGUUGUUAGCAGUUCUUGUUUUUAGCUGUAAGAUGCCUUGAGUCCCGUCAGGGGGAAAAGUGAGAUAUAAGUAGGUAAGAAAGUAAAUAAUAAGACAGUCUCUCAAGUAACUUGGUCCCGAGCUGUAUAGAGAGCCGUAUCUGUUAUUACCAACACCUUGAACUUGGCAGGAUUGCAGAUUGGCCCCAAUGCAAAUCUCGCAAGUAAGGCACCAGCUGCAGCCUUAGGACCCACCUCAAGGGUAGCCCUAUGCCAGCUUAUUUCGCUUGUGAAAAACUAUUCCCUUAAAAACGUGUUUCCCUAUAUAAAGUAAGGAAGUUUUAAAAUUUGUGUCAUUUUAAAAUACUCCUUGUUCACCACCAGGUGGAGGUACCCACUUGCCGGUUGUAGCUGCACGGUAUAUGUGUGCUAAACUAGCCAACCCUGAAAUCAUUUUCAGCCUGCUUGUUGUUGUUGUUGUUUAGUCGUUUAGUCGUGUCCGACUCUUCGUGACCCCAUGGACCAGAGCACGCCAGGCACUCCUGUUUUCCACUGCCUCCCGCAGUUUGGUCAAACUCAUGCUGGUAGCUUCGAGAACACUGUCCAACCAUCUCGUCCUCUGUCGUCCCCUUCUCCUUGUGCCCUCCAUCUUUCCCAACAUCAGGGUCUUUUCCAGGGAGUCUUCUCUUCUCAUGAGGUGGCCAAAGUAUUGGAGCCUCAGCUUCAGGAUCUGUCCUUCCAGUGAGCACUCAGGGCUGAUUUCCUUAAGAAUGGAUACGUUUGAUCUUCUUGCAGUCCAUGGGACUCUCAAGAGUCUCCUCCAGCACCAUAAUUCAAAAGCAUCAAUUCUUUGGCGAUCAGCCUUCUUUAUGGUCCAGCUCUCACUUCCAUACAUCACUACUGGGAAAACCAUGGCUUUAACUAUACGGACCUUUGUUGGUAAGGUGAUGUCUCUGCUUUUUAAGAUGCUGUCUAGGUUUGCCAUCGCCUUUCUCCCAAGGAGCAGGCGUCUUUUAAUUUCAUGACUGCUGUCACCAUCUGCAGUGAUCAUGGAGCCCAAGAAAGUAAAAUCUGUCACUGCUUCCAUUUUUCCCCCUUCUAUUUGCCAGGAGGUGAUGGGACCAGUGGCAAUGAUCUUCAGCCUGCUAGCUAUAACUAAUUCAAACCAGGUUGACCCAGCAAACCAAGACGAAUGGAACCAUAUCCAGAUUAAUAAUGUUAUUUACUCCUCGCAUCCUUGUAGAAUACUACUUCCCUUCAAAGGCCUUUAAACCCCCCCCCCCCCAAAAAAAAGCCAAGGAAUGAUUGUUGUGGGGGUCAACUUGGAAACCCCAGUUGGACAACCCACGACCCUCAACUGCUUUAGUGGCGCCUCCUGACAAGCCCGCGAAGUCCCCAACCCAUUUGACCUGCUGCCCCUCUUAUCCUCCCUCCGAGAGGGAGAGCGCGAGAGGCGUGUAUGGAGCUCUACGGAGACAAAGCGAGAAAUGUAAGACUACCGGUAAAUCUAAGUGAAUCAAUAAGAAAGGAUGGUAUGUAAAUUAGACGGGCAGGUUGAGAUGAAAGGAGGGGUUGGGAUGGAUGCGGCUCUGUAGGAGAGAGGGGCAACCCGGGCAGCGGUUGAGAGACCCGCCGUGUCCCCUGGUUUCCACUUAUUCCGCCCCGCGUGGGGAAGAAGGCGGGAGGCCUGCGGCAGCAGCUCCGCCCCGAGGGUUGUCCUCUGCUGCGCCGGGUGAGAGGAUCCGCGGGAUGUGUCGCUAAGCCGGACACACGCACGCUCUUCUCCGCCCAGAGGUCCGGGAGCGCCGCUCGGGCUCGGCUAAAUCUCCCACCAAGCGCCUCCUGCUCGCCGCUGCUCUUGGCUCCAGCCUCCCUCGCUUUGCGUGCCGUUCCCUGCGCCGCGCCCCAGGUAAGAAGAGCGCGGAGGAGAGGACGGGACCCAUCGGUCCCCCGCGCAACUUUCCCCCGUCGCCCGGCAGCCGCCUGCUUCGCAUCUCUCCCCUUCCCCGCCGCAAAGAGCGAGCCUCGGAAGCCCCGGGAUCCUCCGCGCAAAGCGCAACCAGGGUUUAUGUGCGCGCAAAUCUCCUAGCGCUCGUGGGAACGGAGGGACGACAUUAGAGCCGCAGAUUAGCCUUUUUAGUGCUAAGGCUCAACUCUGGAAAUUGGACGGCAUGCCUCUGAGUAUAUGCAGAGGGCUUUUUCUGCAACGUCUAUCUCUGUCUGAGAUUUAGGGGCAGAUCUUUCCGGUUAAAAUGUUUGAUUUCCAGACAGACCUGCCUCCCGGGUUUAUUGAGCGUAUCUUAUUAAUUUAAUUAAUAACAAACAAACAAACAGGGAGAAGUGGAGAGGGUUCCUCAGUCUUUCUCCUUGCCUUAGUAGCCCAGCUCAGUAUAAAACCUAUUGGAGGAGACUGAUCAGGAAAUGAUUUUUUACAGAAUCAGUCUAGUUUUGAUUUCUUUCUGCAUCAUUUUUCUUUGUUUUGGAUAAAAUGGAGCAAAUUUUAAAAUAGCCCUGUCAACAAUUGUGUACAUGUGUGUGCACAUAAACACACACACACACAGUUUCUUUGUCAAGGAUGGUGCUAAGCCCUUAGCAGCUGAGUGAUGGUUGGCAGCCACUUGCAGUAUGCUUUCUUAUCUUUUGCAUCAUCUCAUUCACUGGAAAUGUGUACCAGUUUUCUAGAAAAAUAGUCGAGUGUAAUAGGUUAUGCUUCAAAUAUAGCCAAUGCAUUUAGCCCUGCUGGUCAUAUAGAUUUUUGCCAUUUCUUGGUUUAUUAGAAUUAAUAAGUGAAUUGCUAUACCUGGCUUCAUUAACACACACACUCACUCUAAAUUAUUUGAAAUCCCAGAGUUUUGCAUUAAAUGAUGCUCUUCUAAUUGUUUGGGGCCUUACUUGUUUUACAGAAUCUCUUCUUACAGAUUAUUUAUGGCGUAUUUGACUGCAGUUCAGACUUUAACUUCAUUUAUAAUAGAAAAAUACUAUGGGUCUUGCCUGAUGCAUGUAUGCUGUUAGCAGUGUAUGAAUGGAAACAGUAAGAAAUAUUGUGAGUAUGUAAGCAAUAUUGAUGCAAAACUAAUCUCAGGAGUAAAAUGUGAGCUAUCUUUCCAGGAUAGUAGGAUUGCCACAUUAAAUUUUAAAAAACAGUGGACAGCUACAGCUUAGAGCAGGGAAGAUUUUUGUGGAGCUUGUGUUCUGAUAAAGGGCAUAGCUUUACAGUUUGAACUAAACUGAGUGGAGGAGGGUGAGUGAUCAAAAUCUAGUGAAUGUAUUUGAAAAUAUAUUCCAUUUGAGUGUGUGUGCAUGUGUGUGUAUGGAUAUAUAUUACGCUAAAGUUACCAGGGCUGUGAAGUUAAAUCAAUAAAAUAAUGGAGAUUCAUGUGCGGGAAUCUGUUAAUAUUACACCAAAACAUCCAGGCUUUGCAGAACACAGAAACAAAACCUGUAGCUAGAAAAUCCAGAGAAUGUAUUAAGAAUAUAUUGUGGUUAUCAUGACAUUAAACAAAUGAAAGUUUCAAAAAAAGAUUAUGCUGAAGAAUAGCCUAUCUAUGUGUCUGUAACUUUGGUGGAAUUUUUGGGGAAGGUUUCGGAUGUUAAGGGAGGCAAGCACCCGACUGUGGAAUCAGGGUAUAGAGCAAUGUGGAAUGAGGAAAUAAGUUUGAAGGGAGUGGGCAUUGAUCUCAGCUGAUAAGUGGCAACUGGGAUCCAGAGAAGCUUGGUCACCCAGUGAUAGUACUUGUGGACAAAAAGUCCCUAGUAGGAAUUCUGCCACAAAUUUUGUAAAAUAGUUAACUGAAUUGCAAAGGCAAAGAUGGUGGAUUAUAUGGUGCCGACAUAGGAAAAAUGGAGGAACAUUAGUGAAAUGCUGCUUGAGUUGAAGGAAGGACGAUCUGCAGGGAGGAUUUUUGCUGUUGCUUCUCUUGCCCCCCCCCCCCGCCUAGUUUUGCAUUAAUUGUCUCAUAGUAAAAAGGCAAAAUUAUAGGUAAUAGUGAAGUUAUAGUGUAUUUUUAUUUGUUAUCAGGCCUUCUAUAUGCUAAUUUUGUUUUUAACUAAUGCUAUUCUACAUAGAUGAUUUCAAUGCAACCCAACGUGUCACUAUCACACCAGCUGCAAUGUCUCAAUAUUAAAAAUUAUCAAUGUGCAGGUAUCUACCCACCACCUCUAAAAUUAUUAAACCAUAUUAAACCAAUAUUGAAACUUGAAAUACUUUGUAUUAUAAUAUGGGGGGAGGGUGGAGAGGAGGAUUUAAAGAUCUGUCUCAUCUUGCACACGAGAAAGACACCAAAGCACAUGAUAGGAGCAUAAGAAAAGAAGCUACAAUCUGUCUUGGAGAUCUUGUUUAGUAAAUUCCCUUAGGCUGGUGGGUACAAGAUACAGGGCCUUCUCUGUGUUGGCCCAUGACCUAUGGCAUUCAGUCAACCAAUGAAAAGUUAGGCAGGCAUAUUGAAGACAUGUCUGCAUUUGGUUUUUAUAUAGGGAAGCUGGACAGUAGAGGCUAUUGUCCCUAGUUGAUUUUAUUGCUUAAAUGUAAUGACUUUUUGUUUUGUUGUUGUUUUAACUGUUUUGAUGAAUUUAUGGAUUAUACACUGCUUUGUGUAUUGAUUGUCCUAGCAAGAGGAAUAGAAGUCUUUUAAAUGAUGAUCAUGAGAGCGCUGCUAGAUCAGACCAAAGGCUCAUCUAGUCUAACAUCCAGUUCUCACAGUGGUCAACCUGAUGCCUAUAAGAAACCCACAGGCAGGACAUGAGCACAACAGCAUUCUCCCAGUCAUGUUCUCCAGCAACUUGUAUUCAGAGGCAUAAAGGUCUUCUCCUUUAGAGAAGGAACUCUCAGAUAUGAAACCCUCUAUUUGCAGUUUGAAUCAGUACACACCAGGAAGGGUUCAUUCUACACAAGUGCUAUUUCUGCACAUUUAAAGCUGCUUAUGGUCAGAAUGCGGCUCUGUCAGUUCCAGUGGUCCCUGGGCAGGGACAAUAAACUCAAAAGACUGUGGAGGUUUCAAAUUUCUCCCACCACAAAUGUCUAUAGGUCAGGAAAAUUAUACUUCAGAAUCUUUAUUUAGAAAAAUUGACCAGAUAGAAAGAAUCUCCUUUUGCUAGACGGGAAAAUACUUGUGCUUCUAGAUUGACCUUGGUGCAAUCACUAGUCUCCCAAAAAGCUGUUGGAUGAGAGAGAUUUAUAAUAAGGAUUUAAACUAGAUUACUGUAAAUGACAGGUAAUCCAAUUUUAUAAUCAACUCUGUCUGGUGGUUGUAACAAAGCUGGAAGCUCUCUGCUUUAAAAUACUUUUGGAUCUGUUAUACAUUACCCUCCAAAAUGAUAUAUAUCAAGAAUUUGUUAUUGACAAAUCCUUUUAUUGAUGAUUAGUUGCCUCUAAACCAGGAGUAGGAAACCUGUGGCUGUUCAGAUUUGAUUUUAUUUAUUUUUACAUUUAUAUCACACCUUUCCUCCAAGAAGCAAAAGUUGGUGUACAUGGUUCUCUGUCUCUCUACAUUAUCCUUACAACAACCCUGUAAGGUAGAAAUGCUGAGAGUGAGUGACUGGCCCAAAGUCACCCAGUGAGCUUCAUGGCUGAGUGGGAAUUUGAACCCUGGUCUCCUAGGUCUUACUCCAACCCCCUUAGCUGCUACACCACACUCCCAACUCCCACCCACCCCAGUCAUUCCGGUCAUGGGUCAGAGAUCAUGGGAGCUGGAGUCCAGGAACAUCUGGAAAGCCACAAGCUCCCCAUCCUUACUCAGCUGUAGAAGAAAACUAUGUGGGGUACACAUUGGGAUCACAAUCUGGGGAAGAGCUUCCCUAUACUUAAAUGUAAAUGAGCCUUUUUCCUUGCGGAAGGGCAUGCUGGGAGCUAAUAUUUCUUGCAGAAUUCUUAGCAUCUGCCUUCUUCCAACGCAUUCCAAAAUUUCAGACUCCUAAGAUCAUAUAGCAGAAUCAUAGUCAAAAGAUGGGAGUCAGCCAGCCUCAGGAAUUAUGCGCUGACACCUGUAAACAGAGCAAAUUCGUAUGUCCAUUUUGAGGUCAUCCUCCUCAGUUCAUGUCAACUAUUUUUCUCUGUAGAUGAAAUGCAGACGUGGCAGUCCAGUUGGGAGCUGUGUGAAAGAAUCUGCACCGCUGAUCACACACAUAUACCAGUGAUUUGUGCUUGUGGCAACAUAUACAUUUGAAGUCGCUGUCUUAAUCAUCGCCUUUGAACUAGUGAGCACUGCGUCAAUAAGUAAAUGUAACCAAAGCCAAAAUGAGAUUUAUGAGUUUCUUUCAUCCUGGAAUGCAAAGACAUACUGUUUAGGGUUUUUUGUUGCGGGGUGUCGUACUUGCAGUUGUUAUUGCUGCUUUAUUGUAUUUUUAUUUUAGUUCUUGUGAUUUAUGUGAAAAUUGUUCAGUUUGGUUGUGGUUUUUAAAAAUGUUUUAUUUAUUGGGACGCAGGUGGCGCUGUGGGUUAAACCACAGAGCCUAGGACUUGCCGAUCAGAAGGUCGGUAGUUCGAAUCCCCGCAGCAGGGUGAGCUCCCGUUGCUCGGUCCCUGCUCCUGCCAACCUAGCAGUUCGAAAGCACGUCAAAGUGCAAAUAGAUAAAUAGGUACCGCUCCGGCGGGAAGGUAAACGACAUUUCCGUGCGCUGCUCUGGUUCGCCAGAAGCGGCUUAGUCAUGCUGGCCACAUGACCCGGAAGCUGUAUGCCGGCUCCCUCGGCCAAUAAAGCGAGAUGAGCGCCGCAACCCCAGAGUUGGCCACAACUGGACCUAAUGGUCAGGGGUCCCUUUACCUUUUUACUUUUGUUAUGUUGUACUUACAUAUUUUUUAUGUUGUAAGUUGCCUUGAGCAUGGUUUGAAUUGUGGAAAGGCAGCAUGCAAAUUAAAUUAUAUAUGUAUGUAUGUUAUGUAUUCUCAGCUCUGCUUUGGACCUGACCUCUCUGCUGCUCUUCUUCCUUCUGUGUGAUUAAGCUGAUAGUGAGCACAACAGCACAUUAUUUGUUUGCUGCAAGAGAAAAUGUGUUGAUACGCCAGAGACUGAACCCUUGGUAUAAUUUGUUUAUAUCAGCUGCCCUCUUGUACAGAAAUACAGAAUGUCAAAUGCAUAAUGCAUCUUAUGACUCACAGUUGUACCACAAAACAGUCUGGGCAGUGAUUUUAUUUCUCUGACCAGUUUCUAUUUUUAUUUUUAUAUAAAGCUAGGAUAUGUGUUUCAUAUUAGACAGACCCACUAGCCUGUAAUUGGGGGGAGGGGUCAGAUUGUUGGUUGAAUUCUUAAUAGUUGAUCCUGAUCAUUAUAUAAAGGACUGUUUCAGCACUCGUGGCCGCUCACCCCAGCCACAUAUUCACACUGGACCAUAGCUCAAUGCUCAAGCACAAGCUUCGCAUGCAGUAGUUCCCUAGAGUAGCAUCAGUCACUGAAUGCAGCAUGGAUGUACUGUAGAUGAGUAGAAUUCAUAUGGAUGCUGGCAGGUGAACAUUCUGUGUCUGAUUAGUCAGUAAACAAUUAGUAUUGUCUGGCUUGCAUAGAAUCAUCCCUACACUGGGAUCUCCCUAAAUCUGGAAUGGGGAAUUUGUGGCCUUCCAGAUGUUGUUGGACUCCCACUCCCAUCAGCCCUGGCCAGCCUGGAGAGAUGGUAUUGUCGGCCAUCUUCCAAGGCGCCCCUAGCGGAGCCCCCAUUUUUCUCAGUUUAAAUUAGGUUCUCCACAUUUCCAUAGCAAUCUCUGUAUUACUUUUUUUUUUAAAAUCCUCAUGAAAAUCUUUAAGCAUUUUAGUGUGAAUUUCUCUCAAUAAACACAUUUUUGUAUGCAGCUUUGACCAAUAGACACAUGUUUCCCACCAAUUUUCCUUAGUAUAGGGUUGUCAUAUGUCUGAAAUUUCCCAGACAUAGCCAGUAUUCAGCCCUUGUAAACAGUGUCCGGGCAGAAAUUGCUGGAAUGUCUGGGAAAAUCUGUAUAUAUAGCAACCCAUGUUGGCAGUGUAGAUUUUUGUGAAUUUAAUAAAAAAAAUAGCUCAAAAACUAAAGCUCCACAACUUAAUACAAUGCAUUUUUGUAUGCUAUUUUCACUAAUGUGCAUUUCCUCCUAAUACAUACAUUAUUGUUUGUAUUAUUUGGCUGGAGAACUGCAUCUCAAAAUUCCGAAACGUGUGAAUUUUUAAGGAUAGCUGUGUUUUAGUUCACAUAAUUGGUUCAGGAGGCUAGUCAGGAAUCAGGGAGUUAUAAUCCAACAACACUAGGAGGACUGCAAGUUCCCACCUCUGCCCUAAAUAAAGGAGGAAGGUUAUAUAAAUCGAAUAAGUAAGUAAGUGAGUACCAUAAGUAUUCAAAGACGUGCAAGUAAUAAUAACAGAAGCAAGCAUCUAGUAUUGUACAUAGAAACUCCACGUAUAUUCAGGCAAGCUCUGGGAUUAGGGAAUGGAAAAGACAGAAAUCCUACCAACCUGGGUUGUUUUUUUUGACAACCCUCUUUUCAGACUUUUCUCUGCAACUGUGAUUAAAACAACAACAACUAUUCCAUAUUCUGAAUUCCAGGCUGACCAUUGCAUAUAGAUUCCGAACUAUAUAUAGGCCUGACUAUUUGAAUAGUUGCCAUUUGAAGCCAUUGUUUCAAGCCAGGGACUGUUGCCAGAUGAAAAGAGGUGAAGACCAUAGGGAGCAGAUGUCCCAGGGGUAUCCCGUUAUAGUCUGCUUAACAAUGCGUGUAAACAUUUUGUGGGUUCAUCUUCAUGCAUUUUUAGUGUACAGUACUGGUGCAAAAGAUGGGAGGGGAAUAUUAUUCCUUCACUGCUUAACCCUUUUAUUAGUUUACAUUUACAUUUAUUAAUUUAAACUAUUCCCUCUUUUUCUUUCCGCACCAAGUUCUAGGUGGGUAUAUUAAUAAGCUGUUUCUCACCAUGUUCAUACAUUUCUGCUUUCAUUGCUAAGAAGCCCAGUGCUUUUUCCUAAGGGAGAAAUGUACAAGCAAUAAGCUUUGCAGUGCCCAGUUACAAUGAAAUUGACAUGGCAAAUUGGAAUCUACUAUAUUAAUAAGAAGUAAUGAAUUUCCCAGUGGGGAAAUUUGCAAGGAGCAAGAAAAGAAUAAGUGCCAGAAUCAAACUGACUAGGUAACUGGCAUUAAUACUUUUAAUGGGAAAGGUUUUCAUCGGUCACACUUAAGUUUUCUCCUAAUAGUCUUCUAUAAGUCAGUUUUAUUGUAAAUAGUAUCUCCACAAUGACAAUCUUAUUUGGAAUCCUUUCUUUUUAUUAGUGAGAAGAAUUGACUUAUCAUCCUGGGGAAAUUUCAAAAUAUAAUAUCCAUGUGGUACCUGAAUAAGAAAAUGACAGAAUACCUCUUUUUAUAAGAGUGUCACCUGUGACGUUUUGAUGCACUCGGAUUAACAUGGGAGCAGGAAUCUAUCACUUUAGCUGCUGUUCAGUAAACAAUGCAAUAAUUAAUACAAUCUGGGAGCCAGGUGGCUCCAUUUAGCCUUGGCACAAAGUAGGAUGUUUUUUCCUUCUUCAUUGCGAAAUGUUAGCCACCGACACUGAAUUCUAAUAAUGAAACUUGGUCUGUUCAGUUCAUAUCAGCACCUAAUGUAGGCAGGAUUAAUUGUCUUUAAAAUGUGCUAUCUGUUUAUAACCAAUCCUAGGGAUAGGGUGAAUAUGGCAGAGUUAUUCAUAAGCUGUGUUUCUAAGCUAUUCUGUUUAUCUUGAUCAGGGCACUGUCAACACCUGUUAUCAAAUACAGUACUCAUUGAGUAGUCUAUAGACUACACAGGUAUUUUCUUUAUAAAUCUAAACAGAAAUAAAACCACAUGCAUCCCUCACUAUGUUAUGAUUAUGGAAGCAGGUGUUAUGUGCAAAUCCGCUUCUGAAUCAGGUCCUGCAAUUAUGAAAAAUCAAUUGCUUACUCUUGAUAGAUCCAUGUAUGUAUUGCUCCUGGAAUGGGGGCCAUGAGUUCAACAUUAUACAAUCACUGCUAUCAGCUUUGAUACUCUUGGUCACCUGGAGAUGAGGGCAUGUGAGAAGGGAUUGCAAAGUGCAUAUUCUGUUCCUGAAUAAAUUAAAUCACAGAGACAAAUGUGCUACUCUUAUUUCCUUAGAUGGCUUCCGUAACAGAUGCCAGAUAUGGACACAAGGAUGCUUCCGACCAGAAUUUUGAUUAUAUGUUCAAACUCCUGAUCAUUGGCAACAGCAGCGUGGGCAAGACCUCCUUCCUCUUUAGAUAUGCUGAUGACACUUUCACACCAGCCUUUGUCAGUACUGUGGGGAUCGACUUCAAAGUGAAGACUGUUUACAGGAAUGACAAGAGGGUAAAACUGCAGAUUUGGGUGAGUAUCAUUUAUUCUGGAAUCAUUAACCUUAUGCACUAAAGUAACAGAAAGUGGAUCAAACUGUGGUUAUGGCAUAUUUGUACUACACGGGCCUUUUGCUUGCAUUUUAUUUAAGCAGAAGAUGUAUUAAUUAUUUGUUUACCUUCUGUCCCUUCUUCUAAUGGAAGGGCUUCUUCCAUUAGAAGAACAUACUAUUCUGUAAAGUUUUCCAACCCUCUGAAACAGCUUUUAGGGGGCAUAAGGAGGAAUAAAAAUCAUCUUCUUGCCUACCCCUGGUGGAAGCAACCCAUGAGUAAAGUAGGCUGGAUCCAACCCAGAAUCUGGAUCUGAAACUAUUAUCAUUGCUCUUUAUGGGUUACUGAUAUCAUUUGGGACAGCUGUUACAGUGUGUCUUCUUGUGUAUGAAAUCAGAUUCAAGUGAUCCUUCUUUCAGGAUGCCUUCACACUUUUUUCUCUGGAACUGCCAUGCUUUGCUCACUCACUUUUUACAGAGCUUUUAGAUGAUGGUGUCAUCACUAUAGUGCUUUCUGUGUUGUUCUCCUGUGUUUUCUGGCUUGAGCUUGAGACUGUUUUCUUGCAAUCAAAUGAAGCUGCAACAUUAGCCUGUCUAGUGUGAAGAGGCUUGUAGGGUUCCUGUUCCUUUCAGCUAGGGUUAGCUAACCUAUGGGCCUCCACAUGUUGUUGGACUCCCUUAGCCCCAGCCAGCUUGACUAUUGGUGGAUGAUGGGAAUUGUAGGCCAGCAAUAUCUGGAGAGCCACAAGUUAGCUAUUCCUGCUUUAAACACUUAUUAUUUGCAAAUUUAGUUACUCUAAUUACUUCCAUUUUAUUAUUUCUUGUUGGUCCUGGCUGGCAGAAGAGCCUCUCAACUGCCCCUUAAAUUACUUCUAUGAACUAUUCCAUAUCAGUUUCUGUUCCCACAGUGGGGAGGAGGGAGAGUCUAUAGUAAUCACUUUCCUCUGUUUUUUCUGUAUUGUAUUUAAUAAAAUGGCAGCCCAUAUCUUCCUGCAUUAUCUCUCUCUCUUUCUCUCUGAGCAACAUUCAUGGUAAUUGGUGGGGACAGAAUAGGGGAAUCAUACCUAUUUUUUUCCUUGUAUCGCCACUUAUCACCAAGCAAAUCUUCACCUCAGAGUUACACACACCAACCUCCUUGACAGGCUAUACUUCUCCCUUUGUCCAUACUCCCUGUACUAUUAUUGACUCAACCAAACUUUGGGCUGUGUUCACAUUACUGUCUUUAAGUACAGUGAAACUAUCCCCCCUUUCACAGCUCCCCCCUGCAAGCUGUUCACAACAGCAUAACCUAACUGGUGUUUGAUGUUUUUCUGAUUCUGGACACGUCAGGGGGCAUUAAUGCGAAGCUGUGCAGGAAGAUGUCUUUACCCUAAACAAAGAUGUUCACACCCGAUGGUACAUGAAGUAUGUGCUGUGGAAUCCUAAUCAUUUUGACAUCUGUAACUGAAUCUCUUGAUUACCAGACUGCAGUAUGUAAUCCCAAUGGACGCAUCAUUUCAUUCCUCCCACCCAAACCUUUGAUAAGCUGAAUAUUUAGAAUCUGUGAUCGAGUUUUUUGUGUUUUUUUUCUAAGGUAGUUAAAAGAGCAUGCAGUCCUCAUGCUUUUGUUUUGUUUCUUAUCCCCCUCAUUGUUCUACUUGGUUAAAAGAUCUGGGUUUUGUAUAUAAGUGUGACUUUUCCUCUUAGGCUGUGGAUGAGGGAGGAAUUACAAAAGGAAAGAAAAAGAUUAAUGGCGCCGCUUUGAAAAUCUCACUUUUGUUGAAAGCUAUUGUGGUUGUGCUGUGUAAAAAUAGCCUGUUCCACCUCAAAGGCAUAAACAAGAUAUAUAAUAAAGAAUGUAUUUUUACAUUUAGUACUCUUAAGGUAUUUUGAUUUGUGAAGGUGAUUUGGUUCAAGGAACUGAAUAAACAUUUCCGAAAUUGGAAUAGUUUAGUCUUUUUAUCUGGGUGAUAUUAUUUCCUUGUGUUAGUGGUUUUUUUUUAAAACGCAUGGUUCUUGCAAGUUCUUUUGUGCAGUAUAAUUGUUUGUGACACUUGCAUUUUUAAAUGUGUGAAUAAUAAAGCUUCACAACAACAGCUAAGACCCAAAGAACUGUGAAACUAGUUUGAUGAGCCCAAGAGACUACGCAGCACAAUCUUUUGUAUUGUGUAGUCAGAAAUAAAUGGGAGCUUAAUCCUAAAUAAGUGUGCUUUAGCAGGGACAGGGAACCUGUGUCCUUCCAGAUAUUGCUGGACUCCACCUCCCAUCAGCCCCAGCCAGCAUGGCCAGUGCUCAGGGAUGAUGGGAGCUGUAGUCCAGCAACCUCUGGAGGGCCACAGGUUCCGCAUCCCUAGUAUAUAAGAUUGCAAGCUCUUAACUAAGAGCAAGCCCCACUGAACCCAGCAGAACACUGUUAGGCACCCCCUUCAAACAGCAGGACCCCCGCAACACAUGGAAAACCUUGAAAUGGAGAGGGUUUUGAAGUUUUGUUGUUGUCCUAUAUUCUAUAUCUUAUUAUCUGCAGUUGUUGUUUUCUUGUGACCCAUGCCUUUGGUGUGCUUCGGUGUAAAAAUUAUUCAAAAAACAUACUAGGUGGAUUAUCAGAAUUAAUCUGUGUUUUGAUAUGGGGGCCAGCUGUACAAAGAUGAAACAAGCCCUUUUGCGUGAGCCCAAGUAGGGAUGGGGAACUGGCUGCCCUCCAGGGGUUUUGGACUGCAGCUCCCAUCAGCUCCAGCUAGCUUGGCCAGUGGUGAGGGAUGAUGGGAGGUGUAGUGUGGCAACAUCUGUAGGACCACGAGUUCCCUAUUCCUGGCCUAAGCAGUCCUAUGGGUUUGCAGUCCAUGCUGAGCAGCUCUGUGCAUAUUUACAGUGGUACCUCAGUUGUCAAACGUAAUCCAUUCUGGAAGACCGUUUGACUUUUGAAACGCUUGACAACCGAGGCGCAGUGGGCAGUCUGCAAUUUUAAUUGGGGAAAAAUAAGAAGAAUACAACGGAAGCCGUUCAACUUCCGAGGCGCGUUGGAAAACGGAAGCAAUUACUUCCGGGUUUUCAGGGUUCAAAAACCAAAACGUUUGGCAACGGAGACGUCUUCAAACCGGGGUACCACUGUACUUGGAAGCAAGUUCCACUGCAUUCAUUCGGGCUUACUCCCAGAUAAAUGUGUUUAGGAUUGCAGCCCUAUGUGUUUAAGAGCUAAAUUAUAAUCUCCCUUUGUCUCCUGGCUAAAAGCCUUCUGAUACUCAGUUCUGAACUGCUGGAGAUAUUAAUUACUGAUCAGAAAGGAAAGCUUGGAUAGCAGUGUUUUCCCAUUUUUUAUUUUUUAUUUUAAAAUCAAAUCGAAGAGUUAAGUUAGCACAGUCCAUAGCAGAUGGCAACAGCAUUACUGUACACUUAGGUUGCCUAGCAGCCAGAGAAAAGUGUAUUGAAAAGACCAGGAGGGAGCCAGAGCGGAUGAAUAGAAGUGGACUUUAAGUGAGAAAAAGGACAAUGUUGCCUACUUUGCACUGAAAAGCAAAACUGGGUCCUAUAUAUUUAUUUAGUUACAGGAAUGCUGCUGUUAAAUAACUAAGGGUAGAUCAUAUGAAAACUUCAGCUUUUCAUAAUCUCAGAGUUAUUACCAACUCACAUCUCUUGGCCUUGCCAACCUCACAGGGUUGUUGUGAGGAUAAAAUUGGGAGGGGGGGGACCAUGUACAUUACCCCAACUUUUUUAGAGGAAAGGGGGAAUAUAAAUGAGUGUUUAUGCUGGAAUUUGCUCUUGUAAUACUUAGUGAGUACAUAGGUAUUUAGAUGCUUUCUCUGUUUUUAGGGUGCUCAAAUAACAUGGUUAUUGAGUGGCAUAUAAAUGCUAUAAACAAACACAUAUUUUUUCACCAUACCAGAAUGAGGCCCAUUUUAACUUGGCAUGUAAGCUUGAGAAGGGGAGCUGUGGUGAAUUUUGUUUCCUCCACUUCCCUAACAAACCACUAAUACUGAAAGUUAUUGCUUUUCUACCAGCCCUGGAAGCUGAACACAUCCUCAGUUGGACCUGGGGCUGUAUUUCUUAACAGCCUGGUUUGCACAUAACUGUAAAAUAUGGUGUCUGGCAGACAAUCACUUAGACUUUGGUUUAUUGUGUCACAGAAUAACUAAAAAGGACCUUCAGAAUGACUUGCAGCUCUUUGCUUAUGCCUCUGUAGCUUCUGGGUGGUGACAGCUCCUUUGCUAUAGUUAAAGAAGAGGUUGAGUUCUCACAUAAUGCUAAGCUAUGGUUAAUGCUAGCUAAGGUUUGUAAGCCAACUACAAACCCUGGUUAAUGAGCUAUCAUUAACCAUAGGUAAUAAAUCAUAGAUAAGUUGCUGGAUUGGGUUCACACAUUGCACUAAGCCAUGGUUUUAUAAACUAUAGUUUAGUGUUACAUGUGAAAAAGACCAUUCCAUGAGAUUCUUUAAAAUCAGCAGUAAAUUCAACAUCAAAUUUUAUACUCAGGGAAGAAAAAUACAGUAUUUUUCCGUCCAUAAGAUGCCUCCAUGUGUAAGACGCCCCCUAUUUUGGGGGACUCAGAUUUAAGAAAAUGGGGAGGGGAGAUGUAUCCGUGUAUAAGAUGCCCCCUAUUUAUUGACAUUAUUUUUUAGGGGGGAAACCUAGUCUUAUACACUGAAAAAUACGGUGUAUAUCCAGAUUUGAGGGAACGAAAUUUGCCUUGUGUCAUACCCAUUAAAAAGAUUCAGUUAACUAGAUUUAUGGGCAAUAUUAAUAAUUUUCAUGAAUGGUAGAGAGAUACAGUUCCACAGCAAUCAUGCACAGCUGCUACCAGAAAUAUCUAACAUCAUCCUAUUUUUGUAGAGAUAAUUAAAGCAAAUUGAAACUUGACAACCACAAAUUACGCUGGAUGACUGUUUCUUUUUCCUUUCUUUUGCCAAAAUCAAUUUGGAUGCAGCUGCCUACAUGUAAAAUAUGUUAACACUUUUUUUUCAUGCAUGUACAACAAUUGGUGCGAAGCACGUAAAGUGAUGCAAUGAUGAAAAUCUAUUUUUGUCUGAAUGAAACAGAAAUUCUGUAGCUGUGAUUCUGUAAUCAAGUGUGCCUAAUUUUAUACUGCAAGGUUAGAAAUAUAUAUUUUUUAUUCAAAAAUAAAUAAUUAUGUAUCAUCUAUUCUCAAACUCGAGAGUUUCCCAUUUCUAUUGCAACUGUAAAGUAUUCAUCAUGAACUACUCUAGAAUUGCUGCUUGCACCAAUUCAUCUCUUAAAGAGACGCACAGCUGCUAAGCUGGAUGUAUGAAAAAUGAGUAAUACUGUACAUAGAUGAUAGAAUGUCCAUACAACUGAAAUAAGAGGAACUAAGGAGGUUAUAUAGUUAUAAAAUCAAUAUGCAAGAUGAGCUAAGAAUGUAAGACGAUUUAGGUUUUUAAUACAUCGAAACUGGAGAGAAGAUUUAGGGGAAGAUGUGGUUACGGGAGCUCAGAUUCCCAGUGAUCUUUUUGUACCUCUCCCAUCAGAUGUCAAGGCAAUAAAGAACUACACAGUUUUUAGAAGACAUCUGAAGGCAACGCUGUAUCGGGAAGUUUUUAACGUUUGACGUUUUAUUAUGUUGUUAUAAUCUGCUGGAAGCCACCCAGAGUAGCUGGGGAAACCUAGCUGGGCGGAGUAUAAUCAUCAUCAUCAUCAUCUUCAUCUUCAUGUAGUUGUUAUUAUUAUUGUAAUUGUGCUUAGUUACCAGAAUAUGAUCCUAUUAGGACACUUCUUUCACAUCGUUUAUUGACUCAUUGUAGUGAUCCUCUUGAGCAAGCGACAUUAAUAGGUGAACCAGAAACACACUGAUCUUUGCGUUACUGACCAGGGCCAGCCCUCCCAUGAGGCUGUGUUAGGUGACUGCCUCAGGCAGCAGGAUCUGCCCAACUACAUAGAUCUGACCCCCAAUACAUAGGUUGGUUUCAGUUCUGCCUCCUAUUUGCCUGGGGGGGCGGGGCUGCUGUGCAAGAAUAAAGCCGCCUUCUUUUCACGGAGGCCAGAGAGGGCGAGAAGGAGAAGCCAAAGCUGCUGCUUUACUCUCAACUACCAGUGUUCCCUCCCUCCCUCCAGAUGCAGAUCUUCACUCUCAACUUCUCGCCCACCCCCAUAUUGAUGCUGCCUCCCUUUUCCCUGAUGCUAAUCUUUAUUCCAAUAGAUGGAGGCUCAAGGUGGCGUUUCCCUCCUCGUUUAAUACAUCACAAUCCUGUCACACAAUUAUAAAUGAGAGUUAUGUCCAAACUGCAUAUUACAUGUCUCAUACCAAAUAAACACCUCAUGAGUAAUGUCUGAACCAUGCCAGGUCUAUCAGUCGGAUCAAACUAAGCACAUACUUUAAAGCACUUUCAUGGAAAGCAGUUGCGGCUCCGGGGGGUCCCUCUACUCUGGAUUGGUAUUACAUGGCACAGAGAGUGGACUCUUUCCUCCCUGCCCUGUUUUCCUGCUGAAAAUUGGCUCUUCAUAUAGCUGUUUGCUCCCAAAGGUUCUGUUUGCUGCAAAUAUUUGCUGAUUUUUUGCUAUUAGGUAUCUUUUAGACCAUGCUUGGAAACAGGGAAGAGCGCUGCCAUGAUUGGAAACAAAACAAUGGCACUCACCUUCAACAUUUGAUGGUCUAACAUACUGUGGCAACUUUGUCAAGGUCAGAAUGUUGUUGGCAUCUGUCUGUCUCGAGAGACAAUGGAGUGCACCUCUGGGGGUGAAGACAAACCGUUGGAGAACCACAGCGUCUGCUGUGACUGCAGAGACCAGUAAGUCAUAACUGCUUCCUCCUGAACUGAUCUCUCUGAGGUGCAAGCUUGGGCAGUGUGUAUGGAGAUCCUGGGUUGCCCAGACGACAGCAGGGAAUGCAUAUUUGACCCAACUCCUUUUAUCAAUAUGUGCAAGAAGAAUGGUUCACUCUCUGCAUCUUUCAUAAUACACCACCAUGCUGUCAUGCUAUAGUAAACAGUCACCCGAACAAGCCCUACGAAUCAAUAGGCAAAUUUACCACCACUUCACCAUGGGGUAUCUAAAAGGAGCCUCCUACAAGCAUUGCUCUUGUGCAAAUCUUGUGAAUUUGGACCUACUGUAGAAGGAGUCUUAUGGAUCAGAAGUAGAGCAGGCUUUGUAAUGCACUGUUCCUUGUGCCAGAUUUUCCUGUCAAACACCAUGUUGUUUGCACUUCCAAAUGAACUGCAGUCACUACUGAAAAUCCCUGGGGCUGCACUUGUCAAACACUUUCCCCCGCUUCUGGAACCAGAAGCUCUUAUACCUACCCUUUGUUCAUGUCUCAGUUUUUCAGCUAUGCUAAUUUCUUAUCACUUGCACAACCUCUAGCUGACAGUGACUCAUAGCUAGAAAAUGAAAUGUGCAUCUGUGAUACAGUUAUGGGAGUAUCUUUUCAUAGUAAGCAAAGAAGAGUCACAGGGAGAUUCAUGUCAACUUUUCUUAGACCACCAAGGGGAGAAUGGAGCCUGAGGUAGAGAGGAUGCAGACCUGGCAUAUCCAGGGAGAGGGGGAGGGAGGAUUGAUUUCUGUCCAAAUCUAAGGCUGUGGCUCUGGGGGAAGCAAGACCCUCAGAGUAUUAAUGCUGCCAGUCCUUCCAUCAUAGGCUCAGGUUGUAUAUAUAUAUGUGUGUGUAAAUGAACCAUAGACCAUAAAGUCACCACAGUCUCCAAAGGAAAUACGAACCCUGGGCAAGCGCCUGGAACCCCUGGAAACUCACACCUCUCAAAAAUCUCACACCUCUCAAAAAUUGGGGUGCCAUGCAGCAAUAGGGGGGGAAAGCUCAUUACUUUAUCUGAGGGGGUCAGAAAUACACAGCACUUAUGCUACUACUGCUGAUGGAGCUGCAUUUCUGCCUUUUUUAAUAAACGAAUGAGCAGAGUAGUCCCAACUGUUUUAAAAGCACAUUCAUCUUAAUUUACCAGGUUGGGUUGUUAUUUCAAGACUUCAGAUCAUAUUUUGAAUGUGCCUUCAAAUCCAAUAAGAAUGUAUUGGAAAUGGUUCUGUAAAUGAAUGAUAAUUCAUUUUAUGUUGUCAUGGUAGUUAACAAUACCAAAUGAUUUUUAAGUCUCCUUUUAUAAGUAUCUUCAGAGUGUUCCCCCUACCCACUUUAUGAACUUGAGACUAAGGAUGCCUGUAGGAUUUUUAUUCACUUGUGUGUGGGUGACUAAUGGAUUUUUAAUAGAAGUCACGAAAGGGAAUGUGCAUGAACGUUAUUUGGGGAAAAUAUCAUAUAUUACUUGUGGAAAACAGCAUGUAAUAUUGCCUUUGAAAUUAAAAUCCGGGAAGUUUGCUCAGGCAUACCUAUUUCAAAAGAUGAUUGAAUUCAUGUUCAGAAACAACGGGCAAUAUGUAUCACUAUUUUUAUGAAGAGGUAUUACUUUUAAUGAUGCAAGAUUUUUCUGUCACACUAGCUUCCUUAAGAUAUUGAUUGCAGGGUGGAAAUAGAGGGUCAGAUUCGGAUCUCCAAAACUGAAGCAACUUCAAUCCAGGAAUUUUUUUCUGAAGGCUUACGUUCCUGGGAUUAAGUUUAUAAUCUGAUCCUGGUCUUAUGUUCUCUAGGUAGUGUUCUUCCUUGAUUUCCAUUUUCACUCUGGUUCUCCUGUGUGAAGCAGUGGGGCCCAGUAGUUCCCUAACAGGAGACUGAGGCUGAUCUGUUAUGAAUUUAUUGGCUGGGGAUUUUCUGUUUAAUUGCUGCUCUGGAAUCAUUACUGAUAAAGGGUGACUAAUGAAUCCAAUAAUUAACCAAAUUAUACUGGGCUUCUUGCAUCUUUCUUUUUUUAAAUAAAGAAAUUGGAAAUCAGCAAUUGAAGCCUUCCUACCCCACCAUCCACCCUCCCAUCCCUGAACAAACAACUCAUUAAGGCAAUUACUCACUAAUCCCCUAGCUGUGAUAACAGGACAAGAAAACUGACAGAAUCUGGAAAGGGAAAAUAUUAAAUUUUAAAGCAUGGGGUUCCUGGAAAGUCUUAAUAGUUUUUUUUCUACACUGUCCUGACUUAAGCUGCAAUUCUGUUUUUUUUUAUAAAAAAUAGAAUAAAAUGUCCCACAAAACAUAUUUGAAAAAAACAUUGGGGGUGGGGACAGCCAAGUGCUACUUAUAAUUUAUCAAUGACAGGAUGGUUUAGAAGUUCCUUCUCCUGCUGUGUUACAUGACACAUUACUAUCUUGCUUAAUGCUUCUCAUGGUACAUCUCUUGUAGCUUUAACCUUUGCCUUCCUACUCUUGGGACAGGUCUGCUCCUCUUUCUAACUAAGAAUUCCUUCAUGGGAUGACUUAUAGGUUCAGUUUGGACAUAACUCUCAUUUAUAAUUUAGUCUGACAUGAAUGAGCUUCAGGCUCGUGUGUCAUCACCUUAAACCCCACUCCCAGGUGGUCAUAAGAAGCAGCAGCUUUCAUUUCCAUUUUCAAUGAGCCAGAGGUUAUCAUUGUGUCUCAACCCUUCAUCUUAACCACGUUAAUCUAUGGCUUUGGAAAACAAGCCAACUUCAUAAACCACCAUUUGAAGCAUGCUUCUUUCAACACAUCCUAGUUAAGAAGUCUGUGGCAUCACUUCCCUCUACCCCAGAGGUCGGCAACCUAAGGCCUAUGGGCGGUUCCAGCCCAUGAGCUUCCUUGAACCAGCCCACAGCCGUUCCAUGGAUUGGCAUGGGGAUUCCAUGCUCCCCCCGGCGCCAUUUUUUUCUUGCCGCGGGGACCGACUUCUGGGUUGGAAGAGCGCCAGAAAUAGCAUGUGCGCAUGCGCAUAGGCGCUCCUCCAUCCUGGAAGGGUGCCGGAAAUAGCUUGAGUGCACGCACGGGUGCGCAUGCUCCGGCCCACCAAGAGGUCUGCCAGGGAGUGGACUGGACCGGCCUCAAAAAACGUUGCCAACCCCUACUCUACCCCUAGUUUUAUGGUAGAUAGGGUGGUGCUUUUGUGCACAUCCCCGAGGGGCAGGAGCAAGCCCAACUUGUUGAGUUAGGAGAGGGUGCUGAGUGGGAUGCUUUAAAGAGCUCUUCUGCCCCAAGACAUUGUCUUUUCAGCCUUCAGCACAGCUCAGCACCCACCUCUGAGGACACAGUGUUGGUUGCCAGUUGAUAGGUCUGUGUAGGAAUUUUAGAUAGCGCUGCAGGGUUUUCCCCACGUACACCACACUUACCAGAAAGUGGACAUAUUAGUCUCAUUUCUAGCCCAUGUCACUGUUGUUUAUGUUCAUUCAUAAGGGCACUCCAGCCCAUUUCCAGAUUAAUCUGUAAUGGUGAAAAAAAAUCUAUGAAAGUUCACGUCUAAUCACAAAAUGACCAUGUAUCAAUGUAGCUCAAGAUGAGCAUUUUAGGAUAAAACACAUUUAGAAAUGCAUACUUUAAUGAGACUUAAAUAUGCAUUUCAAAUGCAUUUUAUAAUGAGACUAAAAGGCUCCAUGUUUGUGUGCCCAACUCACCACACAAAGGCAGGAGGCUUGAGGGGAGGAGCAGGUGAUACAGGCAGAUGUUCCUCAGCACAGCUUUGUGAGAGCUAUGAGGAACCGGGGUACAUGAAAAGCUAGGAAGGGUAGCUUAUCCGGAACGGUGAAAGAAGGAAGGCUGCUCUUUGUCUGUCUUACAGGGAACCAGGGCUGGAUGGAGGGAGUUAGUUAUAUUGAAGGAGCUGAAAAAACCAGGGCUUGUACAAUGCUAAAACAUAGUUUAGUGUAGCAUCCAAAUGAGGCCAUGGAUGUGUCCAGUUUCAGAUCCACCAUGUUGGUACCUCUGGCACAUUGCUGGCUUUGAGCUACUGUUAAUUUUCUAGAGAAAGAAGUUGGGGUUCAAGUCUCGCAGGAAUUACUCAGAAGUGAGGGCAGCACACUUCACACCUGCUGAGAAGCACUUUAAUAUAUUUUAUUUAACAAGAUUUAUAUAUCACUUAAUUUGAAAACAAAGCACUGAACAGUUUACGUGAAAUAAUACAAAAUAUUCAUGAGAAAAUACCAAUAAAAAGAACAAUCUUAAAAGUAAAAUUGUAUGCCUGAGUAGACUUGCCUAAACAGAAAAGUUUUUAGCAGGCACUGAAAGCAAUACAGUGGUUGCAAUAUUAAUAUUCUUACUUCAUAUGUUCUAAAGUUGAACUCUGGUACUGAAAACAGAUGUUAAAUUUAGAAAAACACAUGAGAUUGGAAAGAAGACCUAAGGGUACAGGUGAGAGCAUAAGCUCUUUCCACCUUGUCCCAGCUGGCUUGAUUCUCUCUUGAACUACAAGCUCCAUUUGGCUAAAAUGAAGAUAGGGUCAUAGGCCAAAAUUAACAGGAGUGAGUGCUGCAUCCAUGGGAAAAGUGGUGUCAAAAUAAAAUGCCCAGCUAUUCAGGUCACCUGGCCGCUGGCUCUGAUCUCAAUUUUUCAUUAUACUUCUUGCCCCACCCUUUCCUUUUCUACAUCUGGGUUCUCCACUGUGAAGCUUGGCACUUGUCUUUUGACCUUCAGGCUCUGCAUGCGUUUUGUAGUGUUUGAGAAAAGGUCAGGUGUCACAGGACUUAAAACUGAUGAAUAAUGUAAUCUAGACCCUGUGAGCUUUCGAUCUAGGCUGUAUAAUCACAAGUAAAUAUGAGCAGGUUUCAUUAUAUCAAAUAUUUGGCUCCUGUUUUUGAAGUGGCUGCCAAAGUGUCAGAGCCAGAAACGUGUUUUUGAAUUAAAUGAAAAGACUUAAGAAUGGUAGAAAUGGCAGGCUGUUGCUGUUAGUGUCUACACUGAGGACUCUCACAUAACAUUAUGCAUAUGUGUCUGUGUAGGGGUGUGUGUGUGCGUGUACACGCACACACGCGCAUACACACACACAUCCAUGUAUCCCUACAGGCUAACUUACACAGAUACAUGUAUUAUUAUUGUAUAUUUACAUCAGCACCUAUAGGAAUCCAGUCCUUUUUUUUGAAAUUAACAUCUUUGAUUGUCAAUCUGUCAUAAUUCAUUGCUCACCAAUCCACAGUUAGAGAAUGGAGACUCUGGAGUUCAGCCAUAGCCUUCCCAGAAAAGGUGGUUUGGACAAGGAAACUGAUGGAAGAGGGAAGUCACACUGGAGUUCCUUGGAUAAAGGGAAAUACUGGGAGUUACUCUGAGAACAUAGCAGAAUUACUUAAGAGAACAGGUGCCUGAGGAUGGAAGAGUUGGAGGAGCAAAGUUUGUGGAGAGGAUGUGACAAUGGGAGAGUGACUUUGCUCCUGCUUCUUGAUCUCUUAUCAGCUUUUAAUACCAUCAACCAUAGUAUCCUCCUGGCAGCGGCAGAGCUUCAUGCUCCGACAUCGGGGGAGGGGCGGAGAGCCGGCGGGGGGGCUGUUGCGCGUCCUGGGGGCGGGGCACACCGCCUGCAGGGGCGUGGUGUCCAGCGCGGGCUGCAGGGGCAGCCGCAAUGGCACCCUACUGGGAUCGCGCUGCCGGGGGCAGUGCACUCCCCCCGCACUCCUCUUCCUCUGCCAGUGCCUCCUGGACCAGUUCUGGGGAAUAGGAAGUGGCUGCAGUCAUACCUUCUGGACCAAGUCCAGAGAGUAACAUUAGGAGAGUGUUUUUUGGCACCCUGGCAGCUACAUUAUGAAUCUGUUUUAGUCUAUUCUCCCCCCCCCCAAAUAAUUUUUAUUAGUUUUCAAUUACAAAAAAUCCAAAACAGACCUCAUUAUAUGCAUAUCGAAUCAUAAUACCAAAUCAAAUAACAAUUAAUCAAAUAUCCAAUUAUAUAAUUUGGGUGACCUCCUGCUUGCUGGAUUACAGGUUCAGUAAUUCUUUUUUUUCUUCCUGCUUUCAACAUCUUAUUUAUUCCAGUUGUAUUCCAAUCUUAAUCAUAGUCUCUUGUUCAACAGCUGCAAUUUUUCUGUUUUAGUCUAUUGCGGUUUUAACUUUUUGUAUGUUUUAAAUUAUGGCUGUAAUUAUUAUUUUUUAGUGAUAAUUUUUAUCAUUUUAUCUUUUUUUGUUAACUGCUUUGAGGUUUUCUUCUACAGUCAAGUGGCUUGCCUCUUUUCCUACUGCUUCUUAUUUUUUCUCUUUCACCCUCUAUCACUAUCUCCUAUUUAUUUUCCAGAAGUACAUUUCUUCUGCUUAGUUCAAAAGUGGUGAACACCUGAUAAAAGGAUGCCUAGUAUGAGAUCAGAUCAGGACACUCCAAUAUGUUAAAUGAUGAGUGAGAACAGAAGUGGUUUGUGUUUUAUAGCACAUUUCCUGUGAUGCAAAGGAUUCAUUUCAGACAAGACUGUUGUUUCAUUAAAAAUAAAAUUGAGUAAACAUAGUCCAACAAGCUAAUGAGCCUUGUUGAGCUCAUUUUAAAUGAAGCUUCAGAGAUAUCUUUUUUGUAAUCAGUGCAGGAUGAAUUUCAUUCAACAUAAUGGAUAAGCCACAAUAUGUUGACAUUAGGACUGAUGGAUCUGCUCUAUAUCCAUUGGUUUCACCUAUAGUUUAUUUAUUAAAUGAGCAGUUAUUCUUAUGUAUCCAAGUCUUAAAGGGCUUUUCAGACAAUCAGAAUAACUUGAGUGAGUUCCACUCCUGAUCCAAUACCCUGAUUGCACAUGACAGACCAUGCAGGUUGUGGUGCGUAGCCUUACUGUGAGGAGAGAUGGGGAAAUUAGCCUUCCCACUGAGCAUUUCUGGGUGAGCAUGUUUAUAUAGGCUUCCGAUAACACUUUGGUGCUGGUGUUAAACAGUGUAGAAGUGUAAGGAAAUAAUGAAAUAAAGUUACCAGAAAAGUUGGGGCAUUGCAUGGGGAAGUAUGAAUCUCAUCUCUUUUUGAGCUUAACUACAAAUAAUAGUUAAGCACUAGUGCUGUAGUUGUACGCUGAGGCACCCUAGUUGGAGGAGGGUUUGGGUUGUAUCCAACUAAGAUCUACUCGGAGUAAACCCAUUGAAAUUAAUAGACCUAAAUUUGUUACGUCCAUGAAUAUCGGUGGGUCUGCUCUGAGUAUGAACUACCAUUUGAUACAGCCCACUGAAUUUUAUGAGUGACUCAUGAAAUGUUGCCGUUUGAACUUGAAGAAAAGUUGAUAGUCCUGUAACAGAAACAGUGCCUAAGGGAAAAUGUCAAGAGUCCUAUUCAACCAACAUAUAAAAGUGGUGUGCUUACUACUCCUCUAACUGCUAAACUGGAAAGCCAGAGGCAAAUCUAGUUCUGAAAUGACUUAAAAGAGAAAGAGCCCCUGGCUAAUAGAGCUCUUUUCAAACCUCAGUCCACUAGGGCUACAGUCUUGUGUUCUGCCACUCACAAUUCUUGAACUCAUCUAUCAUUCUGCCUGGAAAUGAACUACAGUCAGAGCUAAAGAUCCUGCAAAGGUCACUGCCAGCAUCCUUUUCCUCCAGAGUACGGAAUUCAACCCGGAUAGAUCAAGCUUUUCCUCCUAUUAGGAGAAAUGAGGUGGGGAUUUGGAUGGACUGCCCUGUGCUUUGUUUCAGAGCCAAAACCGCCCAAGACAUUUUGCUGCCUGAGGCAAAGGACAAGAUCACGUCCCAUUCAUUUGACAUAAAGAAGCUGAUCAGACUGGCAGCUCAGGCUUAUUUUGACAUGGGUGAUGGGCCAGCAUCCUCUUGAGGGCAUCAGGCUACUAGGCAUGUGCACACACAUUUCUGUCUCCUGACACCUCACUACACUGCUCCACAGCACCCAUCACCCAUCUCACGCUGCCUGAUGGUAGGAUCACCCCUGUUAAGAAUGUUCUUAGUUUCAGUGAAUAAAAACUAGAAUUGUAGUCUGUGCACAAUUCUUAGUUCUUCUUCAGCUGUAGAAUUCAGUUGUGAUGUUUGAGUGUAUUUAGAGAACUGCACAGUAUACACAAGAGUAAAGUGAAUCUGUAGGAAGUGAGAAUGGAGCUCCUGGGAGCACACAGAAGAGACAUGUUUAAUAAAUAAGACUUAGGAUAGCAGAAAGAAAAGGUGGAAAUUAUGAGUGGAACAGUCAAUAAUUAAGGCAAAUGCAAGUUAAUCUAUAAAGCAGGGGAAAUGUUUCAGAUGCUUCUGUUUUAAGACACUGAGAUUUUUGGUCACAUCAUUUGACUACCCUUGUCAAAGAUAGAUCUUAUUUUAGAAUAUAAUUUUCAAUAAAGAAAGUUCCAGGCAAAGUUUCUGAUGUUCACAGAUCUAGGAAGGAAAUAGAAAACAGUCAUUUAUUUUAAGCCAACUGGAGGGGUUGGGUGGAGAAAAUGUAGGGAAUGGUUUUCACAAAGGUAGCUUUAAAUAGAAAGACAAAAAUUACAUCAACGUAAAGGUGAGUUGCCUAAAAUAGUCUGCGAAAUGACAGAUCUUUCCCAUAUCCCCACAGGCAGUAAUAACCACAUGGCAGGCUGAAACAUAGCCUCUGAACUAAAUUGUUGAAAAGGGACAGAAGCAGUUUUGACAAUGGUAUAUUGCAGAGGUUUUUAGUCUUUUGGGGUCCACGGCUCCCUUGACCAACAACGUUCCUUCUGCGGCACCUCUGAGGGGCUCAGGAGCCCAGUUACGUCACCCCUUACCUGCAGAGCCUCUCCUUGGGAGUCCUCUGGGCAGCUGCUGCUGCCGCCCCUGGUCUCUGAGCUACCCUCCCCGCCAUCCCAAAGAGAGGUGCCUCCUCACACUGCCCCACAGGGGCCUGGGAAGCACCCCCUGGCCAGCCCCAAAGGGACAAUUUGCCUGGGGUACUAGCCAGGGCUGUUGCAACAAACAUCUGUGCAAGCCUUUGAGAGGCAAAGACUCGAGAGGGCAUCAGAGGGAAGGAAAGAGGGACCGAGGCUAGUGUUGUCGCAGCACCCUGACCAUCACUGAAGACAACCCAGGGUGCCACAACACACAACACACGCUAGUAUGUGGUACUGACUGGAAUGCAAUCUAUCAUACAAGGAUAAGAAUCACAUAUACUGUUCCACCCACUUUGGCCUCUGGCUCGCUCUCCUUACCACCAACAUGCACCUCCCUGAAAGUUGGCCACGAAGGAAAAACGUUCCUCACCCCACCCCUAUACGAAGUAAAUAAUAUGUGACAUGUGGAUCCAGCUGCAGGUUUUCAUAACUAAUACCUCUGAAAAUAUAACUUACUUAAAAGAACUGAGAGGAGAUGCUUCUGCGUUGCCACUGGAAAUUCCAGAGGAGGAGUGUGGGCCAAGUUCAUUUAUGACCCUCUUGAACAUGGGUAAGCUUGGAACAUUCUCAGCCAAAAUGCCUCAUUCCCUCAUGAACCACCUUCUGGGGGCUGUGUGCCUGUGGUGGUUGGGGUGGGAUGUGACUCUUAACUUUGUAGGGAGGGCUACAUUCCUGCCAUGCCAUGCCUACAUCUCUCUCCCUUCUCCAUCCAAGUCAGCAAAGAGGCAUUAUAAUAGUUGAAGAACACAUUCUGGCCUUGGUAAGAGCACUUGAGGGCCUAGAGUAAGGCCCAUUAGGGGUGUGGCUUGGUGGAUAGAGAGGCCUGUGGGGCCUUCUGGUUUGCAAAAACCUGUUCUUGUCUAUAUAUAUUUGGGGCCUGUGCAUCUCCCAGUCCAAUUUAAACCAGCCUUUAGCUUGAAAUGAGAAAUUUCCCAAAUGCUAUACAGUGUGGUGCCAAACUGCAAGCAACAGCUAUGUUUUCCCUACAGAUAUAACUCCUGCAUCUGUUCAGUGUGAAUCAAUAUCCCUUACCUGCUUCAGACGGGUGGCGGCUUGGCAUUUUAAAAUAAAUAAAGGAAAAAUAUGUCUGUAUCUAAUACUGCUGUUAUGUCUUCCUUUCAGAAUUUGAAAUAAUUACUUACCCAAACAUGGUUUGUACUACCCUAGUCACAAACUGAUCAUUCACAUUGAUUGCUUCACCCUCCGCACCGCUCAUUUCUUGUAUAUGCUAACAGUUUCCACUGUGCUUUGGUGCUAAAGAGAAACCGAUGCAGUCAGACCCUGAAUAGAAUCAAAAUGUAUUUUUGCAUCUUGUGGCACAGCGUGCUUUAAUAGUGAAGACAGAAAAUGGCAUCCAUUUCAAAUUGCUGGAGUUUUAAUCCCUGUGUAUAAACCCACUUUUCAAUCAGUUUAGAAAUCAGCAUUAAAGAAAGAGCAGCAAUCUUACAGUCUGAUCCUAACUUCAUCUCACGGAUGCCAAUUCCACUGAUAUUCAAGGAAUUUAUUUUCAUGCAUAUGUAGGUUUUAUGACCCAAAUCUGCCCCCCACAUAUACACACACUUCACUAUGUAUUCUGUUGUAGUUUUUUCUUCUUCACAGCACUGUUUCAUAAAUCCUAUAAAAUCUGUAACAGGCCAGUAAAGUGAUAAUCAGUGUCAGAAGAUGUUUGAGAAGGAAGCAGCUGUGUUUUCUACCUCACUUGCUGUUUGAUCGGCUGAACUGGCAAGCAGUAGCUAAUCCCUUCUGUAUUCUCAAAGCAGCAGCACGCCCCCCCCACUAAAAAAAACCCUAAAGCAUUUUCUGUGUGAUAAGUCUUAAUCAGAUUUUCACAGCCCAGUUCUGUAUUGAGAUAAGAGAAGUACUGUACUUUAUAUUCACAAGUCACUCCCAUCCCUUCAUUGUCACAGGCCCAACUUUGUACUGAUUUUGUGGCAUUUAAAAUGAGGAAAUAGAGAAAACAAACUACCAUUUUGACCUGAGUUUACUUUCCAUGUGACAAAAAUGGCCCCCAUAUCUCCCAUGUUGGACCAAUCUGUGGCUAUAUACACAUUAGUAGGGGACGCGGGUGGCACUGUGGUCUAAACCACUGAGCCUACUUGCUUGAUCUCCCUGUGGUUUUGUGAAAAUGAAUGAUUAGUUUUUAGAAAGAGAGAAAUCACACAAUUAAUUCCUUUGAAAUGAAGUGUAUUCAGGAGAGCUAAGCUCUGUAGCGACUUUGACAUUUUCUGGUAGUGACCGGGUGGGUGUGGGGUUAAUUUGCUGCUGCUGGCAGGUGAAAUCAGAAAGCAGCUUUCAAAGUGAUUCAUAACAUCACUUGCUUCUCAUAGUAGUCAUUGACUCAUCCUCCCCUCCCCUGAAUAUUUCUAUUUCUAGGUUGUAGCAGGAACAAAGGUUGACCAGUGCCCACCAACAUAAUUCUUUGUUGCUAAUUUGGUAGAUUUUGGUGAGGGCAAUGUGGGACAUCCAAGUAAAAACUGAAUACUUAAAGUGUUUCAUUUGGUAUGCUGUUUCGUAUUAUUAGUGUUGUGCGUCCUUUGGGUUUUGCAGAGUACCAUGAGCAAAACAAAAACAAAACCGCAACAAAUCCCUGCUCAAAGGAGCUUUCAAUUUACAUUUUAAGCAUGGGGUGGGGGAAAAGGCAAUGGAAGGCAGUAGGGAAGGGAGAUGCAAAAGUGGCAAGACAUGAGCAAACACAGUUAUAACUGAAUGAUUGCUGCUGCUGCACUUUGAACAAAAGCAAAGGUAGAUUUUGGAAAAAUAGAGUGUUGUCUGGUGAAGGGGUCCACAGGGCAAAGAAGGUCACUGUUGAGAACUCCAGAUGAGCAACUUUUGACAACAAAAGCUAGAAGUGGACUGAGGCCGCCUGAGUCGCAGCUUCCAUUCCAUCUCUCUCCAUAUGAAUAUCCAUUUGUUUUCCCAUCUGAGAGAGGACAACCCCUCAAAAUGCUGAAGCUAUUGUAUUCACUUGCCACUUCAGAAGCAAGUGCCAUGGACUGACUGGAUGCAGAGCAGUGGUGAGAGGCACCAGCUGAGGAACCCCAAAGGGAAGGCGGCUCAGAGCCAGGGGAUUGGUGGUGGGACGGCGAUGAGUAGUCAGUGGGAGAAAAAGGAGCAGACUGGGAGGAGGAGGAGGAGGUGUCGGAAGCAGGGUUAGGGAGCAGGAAGAGCCUGUGGCAGAGAACAGUCCAGUAUCGGAGGCAGAAGCAGGGGCAGGGCGCCAAGAGGCAGAGUGGAGGCAGGCCUCUGAAGAAGCCAGGGAGUUUCCCCCUCCUGCUGUGACCAGCUCCCCUCCCCCUGGGAAUGGGGGAAUGGAGAAGGUGGAGCAAAGAGAGAUAAGACAAAGGAGCCUUAGGCUACUGGGGAAGGAACCAGGGGAGGAAGCUUAGAGAGCUGUGGGAGGGCAGGGACAUUCAGUCCUGACAACUGCCUCAGUGGGGCAAGUCCUACUGGGAAGUGUUGCUGCGAUCACUCGGUCUGUGUGAUUUUGGUUUCUUUGAAUAAAGAGUUGACUUCACUGAUACCAGAUGUUUUAUUGCUGAGCUGCCUCUGACUUUGGCUCCUGACAGCAAGGCAUCAUGGGAGAGAUGAGAAUUAAGGGAUGGUUGUGAGUAGUUGGACUUGACAUUCCAACAUAUACUAAGUGAAAAACAUAUAGGCUUAUAUCAGUCUAGUUAUAUAUAUAUCUUUCCUGCUACCACCACAAAUGCAUGCCCGUCUGCCACUAAGAAUCCUUCCUAACAACCCAAGUGUGUGUAGAACUCCUGCUUUUAUCCAUUCUGUUGCAAAUGUGGCUUGUCCUUUUUGUCAUUUCAUUCCCGGCUGCCACAAAUGCCUCCUCUUGCUGUAAAUGAAGUGUGAUUUAAGUGUGUGAAUGAAGAAUUUCUGUAGUGCUUUCCACUACCUAUAUGAAGUAGAUUCACAUCCAUCAUUUUACUCAAAUUAUGGGGAAAGUCCUAUUUUCAGACUUUUAAAGGUGGACUCUGUGGGACUAUCACUAGGGACUGGUUGAUUAAUAGGUAUGGGCUGGUUGAUUAAUAGGUAUGGGCUUAUUUUAAUCAAUAAGGGUGAAUUUUAAUUGGCUGGGUUGUUUUGGUUCUUGUGUGUCACCACAACAGAGAAUUUCAAUGAAAUGAUGAAAGAUGGCCUAUCUUCCUAACACUGAGUUUAGCAUCCUUCAGGAUCUCUAAAAAGCACCUAUAUUGAGGUUUUGGUGAAGAAACUUAAAGCAAUGAAUUAACCAAUUCAUUGGCUUAAAGGCAUUCAAUUAAUCAACUACACUUCUUUAAUUGGCGGAAGCCCUAACAGCUGAGCAGAGGUUCACAUAUAUAUAACCAAGGUCUACAUUCUUUGAUUGGAUAAGUACCGUAUUUUUUGCACCAUAACACUCACUUUUUUCCUCCUAGAAAGUAAGGGGAAAUGUCUGUGCGUGUUAUGGAGGGAAUGCCUACGGGUGGCAUGCCUACGGAUUUUCCUCCUCUAAAAACUACGUGCGUGUUAUGGUCGGGUGCGUGUUAUAGAGCGAAAAAUACGGUAUUUAUAUUCAAACUGAAAGGGAUUUCCAGUAAGGCUGUGUACAUGGGGGCAUUAUCUUGCAGAUGGGUCAUUCAGAUCCAUUUUUUAAUGUAUGUGCGAAGAGCACAUUAGGGUCCGCACACUUAUGUGUUUUCACUCAACACAUUAAUUGCAUAUUCUGCUGCUUUCCAUUCACACCAGUGAAUGCCCCCCUCCACCUCCUGCUCCUUGAUCACUCUCCCCUUCCUCUUCCUGUUAGCUUACAGGAGUAAACUGUAGUUGUUCUUUAAAUAAAUAUAUAUUACUUUUAAACAGAAUUGCAAAAGAUCCGUAACAUUAAAAACAAACUGUAGCUACUUGGUGAUCUGAGUUGGGUUUAUGUGUGUGCCGGGCUUUCUGCAAAUUAAGAUAAUUUCUCUCUCCCAGCCUUCGCCAACUGAUGUCCAACUUCAGCUUCAUUAACCUUAGGAUUUAGUCAUGUUCAUGAGACGAAGGAGGGGAAUUAAAAUCAGCCCUGAAUCUUGCUGUUUUUUUUCAAAUCUCUCCAAAAGUCUCCUGCGGCAUUGGAGAGGCUUGCUGGAGUAAGUUAGUGUCUGUCUUUUGGAGAUAUUUGGGGGAGAAUGAUGAAAAGAGGCUGGACUGAUGAGAUUCCUUUCCCUUUUUCAGCAACAUAAUUGGAUUCCAAGGUGCUUUAAGCUGAAGUUGGACAUCAGUUCGAGAAGGCUGUGAGAGAGGAAUUACUUUAAUCUACAGAAAGUCUGGCACAUGUGUAACCCCUACAUUCAGAGCAUUAAGCAGCCCUAAGCAUUUGCUUUUAUUAUUACAGAAGUAGGAGUAUGGCAACAAAGGCCGCUUGUUGAAACAUCAGCACUGUGGUUGGGGAGAAAUUUGGUUGAGUUUGCAUUCAAGGGCAAAUCUAUCAAAUCUGUGCUGUCUGAAAAGUUUCUUGUUGGCUUCUGUCUGUAUCAAUAAAGUGGAGUGUACAUCUGGGGGUGAACUCAAAUAGCUGGAGAAUCACAGCACCUGCUGUGUCUGCAGAGACCGGUAUCUCAUAAUUGCUGCCUCCUAUGCUGUUUUUGCUGCGUUAGCAACACCAAACUGAUCUCUCUAGGGUACAAGCUUGAGCAGUGUGCUGCCCUGACGAGAAUACCCACCUCUUGGCCUCACUGAUGUGGUCCAAAGGAAAGCAGAGCAAUACAUUUGGCACCAACUUGGCUGCAGGAGCUGAUGGAAGGAGGCAAACAACGUGCCAUCCAAUCAUCUUAGGAACUCCACUCUUUACAAAAAAGUGUACAUUAGUCAAAACAGCAUACAAAAAUGUGUUUAUUAGCAGAAAACCGCACUUAAAUGCAAUGUUGAUAGACCACAGCUCUCAUCAGCUCUCAGCCAGCAUGACCAAUGGCCAGGGAUGAUUGGAAUUAUUCUCCAACCAGAGAGCCACAGGUUCUGCCACCCCUGCCCUUAAAGCUCUUUUGGCAGUUGCUGAAUUUCCUGGCUAAGUUAUCUGAGGCGUAAGGACCUUUCAGUCUCCGUCACCCCCUGGAGUGGGUAGAAGAAAGAGGAGACUUCUCUAUUAAUCAUAUUCAAUGCCUGAAACCUUUUAAAAAGCGGAGCUUGAAAACCUAUACACUGCUAUUUGAUUUUUUAAAAAUACCACCAGCACAAACCUGAACACAGCAGGGAAGAAAAGGUGCUGUACACAUCAGGUGUGCGCCUCCAAGAUAAGGCCCUCAUUUUUUUCUGCUGCUGUUUCAGAGCAUCUCUCUGAUUGCUGAGAAAUGGAUGAAAUAUGUGCAAAUGGAUUUUUUAAAAAGCAAACAUGUAUUUGUAAACACUUUGAAUGUCUGGUCUACAGGUUGCACUUUGAGGGGAAACAGAUUAAAAUGCUGUCAAAGCUUUCUCACUUCUAGGUUGCCAGUUCAGCUGGAGAGCCAUCUCAGAAAACAAGACCUUAUUGUCAUAAAACUGCUAAGCAGUCUGUUCCAGUAAUUCUCAAAUAUUUUCAAACCAUCACCUCUUGAGGCAUCGUGAAGGCCAGAAAGAUUAAUUGCAACCACUUUAAAUAACUGUUAGGAAAUAGGAUUACUGGGUUGUCCUCAAAAGUGUCAUGAUGUCUCUGCAUAUCCCCCCACCCCCAAGAUCACCUCAAGGUAAAACAUAUCUGCCUUCAACAGCCAAACGCUAACUGCAGGUCUUCCAUUUUACGUUGUAAUGAGUAACAACAGGCAGACUGAAUUAUUAUAAUAGUUGCCAUGUGUGGAAAAUUUUCCAGUGGAAAAUUAACUUCUUUUACCAGACACCAGUCCAAAGUGAUGUGAUUAUUAGAGUAUAACAUGGACAUUCCUAGUACAACAGAUAGGUAAAGGUAAAGGUACCCCUGCCCGUAUGGGCCAGUCUUGACAGACUCUAGGGUUGUGCACCCAUCUCACUUAAGAGGCCAGGGGCCAGCUGUCCGCAGACACUUCCGGGUCACGUGGCCAGCGUGACAAAGCUGCAUCUGGCGAGCCAGCGCAGCACACGGAAUGCUGUUUACCUUCCCGCUGGUAAGCGGUCCCUAUUUAUCUACUUGCACCUGGGGGUGCUUUCGAACUGCUAGGUUGGCAGGCGCUGGGACCGAACGACGGGAGCGCACCCCGCCGCGGGGAUUCGAACCGCCAACCUUAUGAUCGGCAAGUCCUAGGUGCUGAGGUUUUACCCACAGCGCCACCCGCGUCCCGAGUACAACAGAUAUUGAUAGCAAUAAGGGGCAAACUUUAUCUGAAAACAUACUAUUUGUCUUUUGUUUUUUAAUUUUGAAGUACUGUAUUGUUUUUAAUUUUUUCACUGGAGACAUUCAGUGUUUGCUUAGGCACAAGGGUGCUCAGAAUAAUAUAAGUAUGAUUAAUCCUCAAAGCAAAAUAAGAAUCUCGUGAAAUGUUUCCCAUGGCAUGUGUAUUUCUAUCCCUUUCCAUAACCCAAUAGCAUAAUCCCUAGCAGUGUAUUGAUGUUGUAAGAAGGCCAUGAGGUUGGCAGACUUACACUCAGGAGUCACUGUUUAUGGAAGCAAGUAGCUCAUUUAACCAGACAUUGGGGAAAUAAAGUGGUAGGGAGACGGUGUCACUCAGAUGAAUGCUGCUUGUUCUCUUCUGAUGACGCUGCUUCUGCAAAUAUUACAAGAUCUGGAAACCCUACAAAUACAAUGAUAACAUAAACAGAGGAGUUGUGGUGCCUUUUGUGAUCAGGUGAAGCGCUUGGGGAUGCUGCAGCUCCCGGUCCUCCUUUUUGAAGGGUAGGCUGAGAAGAAAACCCAAAAAUGCUAAAAGGGUUUUCAGGAAAUGGGUAACAGAAAUCAUUUUAUUGGGAAACAGAAACAGUGCUAUCGGUUGAAGGGUGAAAGAAAGGCACAAUAAUUUUCUGUAUAAUGUUGCUAGGGAGAGAAAUCAAAGGAGCAGAGCUGUUUCUGUUUGUUUAACUAUGGAUAUUCGCAGACACAUACUAAAUAAACUACUUCGUCAGAUAUUGUGCAAGUGGCACCUAAUAUGUCUCCUUUAAAAGAGACAGAAAAUAUCAAGGUACAGGCAGUGGGCAGGGAAUGAGAACAUCCCAACUGAAAAUACUGAGGCAGUUACCACUACUCUGCAACUUCAGCGAUGGCAGAAGCUUGAUAUAGAUAAAAAGCAAAACCUCUAUCAGAUGAAUUAAAACUUGAGCUGCUCACGCAAUGCUGGACCCCUAGAGCAAGUUAUGACCAAGCGUGAUAGUACAGGUCCAAAAGCAUUUCCCCAUGCAUGACUAUACUGUAUAAAUAUUCUUAGUUAGCACUCUGCUGUUUUGGUAUGGCAUUCUGUUUUUCCCCAGCCAGCAGCACAAGGGGUGCAAGUCACGUUCAUUGCCAAAAAUUGUACCAGGUACAAAGGCUUCAACGAAGCUGUGAGAAAGCACUCACAGAAAGAAUGACAGGGGUUCACCUCAAGAUUCUUCUAACUUCCUUUCUGCCGUGAACAGGAGAAAGGUUUCAAUUGAACAGUAAUUUAAUAAGUCAUAUGUAAGACUUGUAGAUGUCUCGUUCUUGGUCAGACACUGCCAGUUCAGACCCCAUGAGCAUAUAUGUGAAAUUAUUAUUAUUUGUGCCCCUGUUUGUCUUACUUUACAUUUGUUUGCAUUGAAUUGCAUUUGUUGUUACUUCCCAUUCACUCAGUUUGGAGAGGCCGUUUUGGAGCGCUUUGCAAUCUCUUUUCAUUUUAAUGAUGCCAAACAAUUUGGUAUCAUCAUCAAACUUGGCCACUUCACUGGCCACCCCUAACUCUAGGUUUUUUUAUGAACAAUUUAGAAAGCACAAGUUCCAAUACUGAUCCUUUGGGGAACUGUACUUUGUAUAUUCCGCCAUUGGAAAAACUGUCUUAUUUGGUCCUACUCUCUGCUUCCUGUUACUUAACCUACUGUAUUCCUGAUCCACAUCAGGGCAUUGCCCCUUAUUUCAUGACUACCCAGCCACAGUCCUGAUGGAAACCACUCCCAUGCUGCCAUUAGCAAUACCAAUGAAAGCUCCCAAUGGUGUCCCAUCUCCCUUCCCUAAAUCUUUAUUCACUGAUAAUCAGCCUUCACAUAAUAAUAAUGUUUUUUAGCUCUAUGGUCCAGUCUGGACAGGGCUGAUUUUUCAGUGCUCUAGUCAUGUUUUUAUCCUGUGCAAAACCUAUAGAUGCAAAAUGCCAAUACAGAAAUGAUCUGAGAGGAUUCCAAGAAACACAACACUUUUUGACAAAGGUCUGAUUAGGUUCUUUGUUGUGCAAGGUUUUAUUAUAUCUGUUAUUUAGUAUUGUAUUUAUGAUAACUUUGUAAUUUGUUUGUUGUUGUUUUCCAUUUCCAUAUUGUAAGGAAGCUGGUUUAGAAAUCCUUGAAACAAUCAAUCAAUCAAUCAAUCAAUCAAUCAAUGACCGCAUUAAGGAAAGAAGUGUGGCAGGCCCUCUGCUGUUUGUGGCAGACAGAGCAUACAAUAAAAUCAAGGAUGUACACAUAAGUAUACAAGUUGCUUGCAUGCUGGUGACUGGGCGUUAGAAGAAGAAGAAAAUAGUUGGUGAGGUUAAGUUUACCAUACCUCAAAGUCAGGCCAGUAUGAGUCUAUGUUACUUUUUCUUUCAUGGAUCAUAGUAUAGGAAAAAUGCAUUAGGCAACAUUUAUCUUUAUUGACCUCUUUAGUUCAUGUACAAGAAUAAUACUGAUACUGGUAUUCAGACAAAGCAAUAAAUGCCCAUUUUCCUACAAAGAGAUUGCCUCUACAUAAGUAAAACUUAAUUUAUGAAGUGCCCCUCAUGCUGAUAAGAUCAAUGGGUUUAUGUUGUUUUCAGGAAGAGUACUUGAUGCCUAAUGCUUCUGUUUCUUGUCAUUGUUUAGGAUACUGCUGGACAAGAAAGGUACAGGACAAUUACCACUGCCUAUUAUCGAGGAGCAAUGGGAUUUAUCCUUAUGUACGAUAUUACUUGUGAAGAGUCCUUCAAUGCUAUUCAGGACUGGUAGGAACAGAUAAUUGCUACAUUCUGUGAUAGUUUCAUUUUCCAGUUACCAUGCAAUCCACUCAGUGAUCAACUCACACCACAUCUUAUAAGAGGAAAGAAGGAAGCUCAAGAGCUUAACAAAACAUAAUCACAAUCAAAUUAUUAAUACUACUAUUAAUUACUCUGCCUGAGUCUAUAAAAAAUGCACACACACAAUUUAAAAAGUUCCUAGCCGAGUCCUGCAUUUCUUUACUCAUAAAUAGCUGCCAAUGAAUUUAGUAGAACUGAUACUGAGUAAAUAUGCACAAGAUUUCAGCCUUGUCCUCAAAGAUGCUCCAUUACCGCACAUCAGGACAGUUUUUCCGCCCUGGAACAAUUUUUCAGCCAAAUUAUUCUACUGAUGGCAUUAAUUGCCAAGCCUGAAGUUCAUUUCACAAUGUCAGUGAACAUCAGUCCUAUCUAAUGUUUAUUUAUGAGUUCACAGUGUCAUUCCAAUUAUGCAGAAAGCUUAUGUAUUACCAGAAGCUAUACAUCACUUUACCAUCUGUGUGACAGUACGUGGUCCAACCUUCAAACACUGCAACAACCUUUCCAGAAAAAAUAAUUCUCAUUCUAACCAUCUGAUUCUGAUCCAGUGUAGCUGAUUAGAUGUAAAGUUCAGAGGGAGAAGCAUGUCUUAUACCUCUGGUCAAAGAGCUUGGAACCAGCCAAGACUCCAGUUUACAGGAUUUCUCAAAUGACUAGCCCUUAUAGCAAAAUACAUUUGAAAGCACGUCAAAGUGCAAGCAGAUAAAUAGGUACCACUCUGGUGGGAAGGUAAACGGUGUUUCCGUGCACUGCUCUGGUUUGCCAGAAGCAGCUUAGUCAUGCUGGCCACAUGACCCAGAAGCUGUAUGCCGGCCCCCUGAGCCAGUAAAGCAAGAUGAGCAUUGCAACCCCAGAGUCGUCCAUGACUGGACCUAACGGUCAGGGGUACCUUUACCUUUACCUUUAAACAUCUUGAGCUAGGUUCCUUAAAGUACCUAAACAAAGCUGCAAUCCUAAUUAAUCUUACCUGGGAGUAAGACCCAUCAAAUUUCAUUAGACUUCUGGGGAAAUACAGAUGGGAUUGUGCUGUUAGACAUCAGUAGCCAGAUCAAAUGAGCUUGCCUUCUGUGCUAUCAUGCUAGUCAACUAAGAACAGCAGCAUUUGUCUUGCUCUCUGCCACCAGUGUAGCUGGCCAAGAGAUGCUGUAGCUGAUUUACACAUCUGUCAAAUGACACAAGUAAAAAUGGCAGAGAAUUCCAAUGCAGUUUGCAUUUAAAGACAAACGUAUCUAAUUUGCAUUUCAUAAAACAAUAUGCAAACUGAAACACAGCCAUCCUUCAGCCAAAAGGGAAAACGCAUAUACUAGGGGGAAGUGUGCAUAAAUAGGAACUAGGGGAAAAUAAGAUUUAAUUCAAUUAAAUAAAAGGAAAUUGCUUGCAAAUGUUGUAUUGCAAAAUUAUAUACAGUAUAUAAUGUACAUAUUAGGAAAAAUAUGCACUAAAAUACUGACAAUUUUUCAUGAGGACGUCCACUAAUAUAUGCAUUCGUAUGCAUACUUUACUGUACUAUAUGCAUUUUGCACAUAUAUAUAUAUGGUUGUAUUUCGGUUUGCGUAUUGCUUUGGAAGGUGCAGAUUUGGUUGAUUCACCUCCAAAUAUGAACUGAAUGAAAUUUGUUUCCCAUCCCUACCUGGGAAUAAGCCACAGUGACAAUGAGACAUAUAUAGGAUUACUGUUUUAAUGGUGUCAGUCAACUUUGACAGACAGUAGUACAUAUGCAUUACAGUAAGAAAACUUGACUAUUAGUCUAUUUCCCCAACUCUCUUCUAGCACCAAAAAAAAAGCCAGUUCAAAUUAGUAAAAGUGUCCGCUUGCUGACAAACUGCUUUUCUUUUUUCCAUUAUAGGGUUGCCACAUUGUUUUAAAACUCCUCUGACUUUUAAAACACCUUUGUAUAUAAAGACAAAAAUUCAACAAGUGCAGCUUACCCCAUCAUGGAGAAGCAGAUGGUGAAAGUACACCCAUUGAAUUUCUGCCUGUCAGACAGCUGUUAAUGAUAUGGGAACCAGAAAAAAGUAGCAACUCUGUCUCUGUGACUGCCAGUAUAACACUUCCCAAGAAGCUGACAUCCUUUUCUCCUUUAAAUCACACCUCCUUGUUAUAAUUAUUCCACACAGCACAGUAGCAGCUCUAAUUAGAGCUAUGGCUUUCAUUAAAUGAGAAAUAUUUUUCUUGUAGUUCAGUUGUACUAUGUCAAUUAAGAUGAAGUGAUCACUGCCCUCUCUAAUGCAUGCAGACAGAGUCAAACCUUCCCCAUUAGUCGGCGUAAUAGGAUCACUCUGGGUCAGAAAUAUACCGUGCAACAUUAUUUGAAGCCUAUGCCUAUGUAAUCUACAAAACAGUAUGGCUUAUAAUCGAAUUCGAGACAUUUUAGGGUGGAUUUUGUUUACUGUGUCUCCAUCAUGUGACAAUGGGGGGAGGUAGGGAGGAGAAAUUUCUGCAGUAGAGAAGUAGGCUCUACCAUUUCAAUUGAAAUGUAAUAUUAAGGGCCAGUCUAUGCUGCACUGCUGUAUACACUUCUCAGGAGAUAAAUCCCAUUGAAUUCAGUGGGAUUUGCCAUUGAGUAGAUAUGAAUAGCGGAUGCGGGUGGCGCUGUGGGUAAAACCUCAGCGCCUAGGACUUGCCGAUCGCAUGGUCGGCGGUUCGAAUCCCCGCAGCGGGGUGCGCUCCCGUCGUUCGGUCCCAGCGCCUGCCAACCUAGCAGUUCGAAAGCACCCCCGGGUGCAAGUAGAUAAAUAGGGACCGCUUACCAGUGGGAAGGUAAACGGCGUUCCGUGUGCUGCGCUGCCUCGCCAGAUGCAGCUUGUCACGCUGGCCACGUGACCCGGAAGUGUCUGCGGACAGCGCUGGCUCCCGGCCUCUAGAGUGAGAUGAGUGCACAACCCUAGAGUCUGUCAAGACUGGCCCGUACGGGCAGGGGUACCUUUACCUUUAGAUAUGAAUAGGACUGUGCUGUUAUUAGAGGUGGAGGAGGGAAUUCAGUUCAGAUUGCAUUUAAAGGCAAACCCACCUAAUUUGCACUUUCAAAAACAACAUGCAGACCAAAACAUAGCCAUCCUUCAAACUGCACAAGAUAUGGGGAAGUGAUUAUUUAAAAAUAAAAGCAAAAUCCUGCAAGGUGAAAAUGAGUCUGAGGCUAAAGCAUCCUGAAUGUUUAUAGGACACACACUUCACAAGUAGCACCUCUUGCUAUAUAAAGUUAAAAUGUGUGCAGUCAGUUUUCAAGAUGCGCCAAACAUCGCGGUUUCUUCCAGAGCCAGAAAAGCACAUGAUACAAAUGAAUAAUGGCAAAGGCCAAAUUCAUUUCUCAGUUUCAUCAUCUUGUCAUUCUGUGGAAGUGACUUGAGAUUGUUCAGGCAAGGGCAACUAUUGCUCGCAGCUUAUUUCUCCUCUCUCAAGUGCCAGCUUCCUUUCCUUGGCUGACAAUGCAGCGCUCUUGUCUCCACAUGUACAAGAUUUUGUAAAGAGAUGGUUGCAAAUCCCAGAAGGAACAGAAGGCUGGCUGACACCUAAGGCAGUGGGGAUAAAUAAAUAAAUAAAAUCUAAAAACACUUCACUAACCAAAAGCCAGCAGGGGACCUAUCAAACCAACUUUGAAAACAUAGCAUUCUAAGUAACUUCGGAAAACAGCUACACAUUUUGCCUAUACAGUAUAUAAGAAAAUAUUCUGCAAGCUAUUUGAGAGAACUCACACAGUUUGCUAUCUCCUGUGAUGUGAGCUUUUUAAUGGCUUUGUAAGAGAUUGCCAUAUGUCCUUGAAGAAAUCUGUCGUUUCAGAGCUAAAACAUUAAAAGCCUGUAAAUUAGCUGGUGCACUCUUGUAUGAUUUAACUUAAUUUGUUUCUGAGAAAUCAGGGGAGCACACUUUGAGAAAAAUAAGGGAUGGAAAUUUUAAGCCAUUAUGAAGCAAAACAUUUCUUUUGAAAUGACUAUUGUAUUGAAGACAGGGGUUUUUUUUUAUUGGAGGCAAGUGGCUUGCAUACAAUUUUAUGGGUUAACACCUUGGAUGGAAUGUGUGAUGGUGCCGAAAUAAAAAACAAAGCAUGCUAUAGCUGAUGUGUUAAACCAGAUUGGAAUCAGAAAAGAGAAACAAAAGCAGUAUUAUCUAUACAGGUAUAUAAAGUAUUGCUUUUUGAAUGGCAAAUAGAGCUUCUACAGCAGAGUGGCAGAUCAUAUAAUUGUAGAGCUAGAAGGGACUCUGAGGGCCAUAUAGUCCAACCCCUGCAGUGCAGAAAUCUCAGCUAAAUGACAGGUGGCCAUCCAACCUCUGCUUAAAAACCUCCUUAGUUGGAAUCUCCGUUCUUGAAUGCAUUGGUCCAGGUGCUAGCCUCCAGAACAGAAUAAAACAAGCUUGCUCCAUCCUCCAUGUGGCAACCCUUAAGAUAUCUGAAGAUGGCUAUCAUAACUUCUCUCCGUCUCUUCUUUACCAGGCUAAACAUAUCCAACUCCCUCAGCCAUUCCUCAUAAGGCUUGCCCUCCUCUGCACACAUCCCAGCUUGUCAAUAUCCUUCUUAAAUUGUGGUGCCCAGAACUGGACAGAGUAUUCCAGGUGCCGUCUAAUCAAGGCAGAAUAGAGCAGGACUGUUACUUCCCUUGAUCAGGACACUAUACUUCUGUUGAUGCAGCUUAGAAUAGCAUUAGCCUUUUUUUUGCUGCUGCAUCACACCAUUGACCCAUGUUAAGCUUGUGGUCUACUCAGGGGUGGAGGAAAGGGGAUGCGGUGGGUGCGGACCACCCCGGGUGUCACCACUGAGGCGGUGACAAAAUGCCGGGCAGCACUCACCACGGGGCCUGCAGUGCGUCCAAGCCACGUGUCACUCCUGGGAGAGACGCGGUGGCUUGGGCGCGUGCAGGCUCCACACUGCCCAAACGGUCCACUCGCUGCUCCCCACCAGUUGUAGACAGCUGAGUGGGAGGAAGCAAGCAUAGCUAUGUGUGAAGAACAGUGUGUGCAUAGGAAGAAUGGCAGGCACAACACCUGUGUUUGUGUGUGCAGAAUGGUGGGUACAGUAACGGCUCCAGCGUUCUCAAAACCCAGCAGACUGCCCAGAAAAUGAAUGGGACAGACAGGAAGUCAUGGGGAGGAAGCUCUGCCUUCCUCAGAGAAAUAAAACAGCAGCUGAUGGCAAGGGAAGGGAAGGGAAGGUUCUGAGCUGAGAAAAGAGACUGAAAAGGCACUUGAAAGAAAUGGAGAGUCAAUGCAUAAUGUUAUAAGGUUUGGGGGUCAGAGUCUGGGUGCAAGACACCCAUAAAUCCUGGUAUUAGUAAAAGUUAAAAUUAAUCAAGGUUUGAUUAAACUGAGCUAAACACUGAAACCACUGGAUUUGGUUUAUGCUAAAGAGCUAAGCCAGCUCAGCAGAGCUACAUAGGCUCCCAGCCCAACCUUUGAGUAGCAGAGCUUUAUAGUUCUUCCCAUAGACAGCAAUGAAGGCUGCUUUUACUGUUUAGGUGCCUGCAGUGUUGUUCUCCCAGGUUAUCACUGUUUUUACUUGCUCUUUCCCAUCAGUUUUGCACUGGUGAAGCAGGAAAGAGAGCUUAAUCAUAAUGUGAUUUCUUUGGACUGGGCAGCAGUCAUUCAUUCAGUUCCAUACUGAAUGAGCCUACCCAAGGUAUACAGAAGGGGAGGAUGAAUUGCAGUUUUCAAAUCAAAAGACAUACACGUGUGUGAGGAAUUCAAAACUUGUGAGGUUCUAUCAGUUUGGAUGCCAUUUUUAGGUCGUUCCCACAGCAUCCAUUCAGCUGGAACGUACCCAUUCAUUCAUUCAUUCAUUCAGUUCUUAAAGAGCAGACAUGGUAAGGAAGCAAUCCUAAGGAACCUCAGGUCUGGCCGAUGAGCCACAAUAUGCAGUGGAGGUGCCACUUCACAUGGAGAGACAGGUCUGUUGAUAGGUUGGCAUUUUGCCCCAGAGCCUCUCCCCACCCCCCCACUGUCAGCAUGGCAUCAGAAUGUUUGUGGGCAUAGAUGUACCUGCCCAUUAUAGAACCCGAAGAGAAUGUGGGCAUUGGUGUUCCUGCCCAUGAUAGAACCUGAAGAGCAUUCUGGAGGCAAGCUAGUGGUGGUCUUGAAUCUGUAGGAUCCUAACCCCCUCAUUUCUUCUAUAGGAUUAUGGCAGGGGGAGGGGAACACACCACAAAUAUUUGAUGUUAAUGACACUUUGCAGAUUGCUGAAAGUGCGAAGAUGAUCUUAGCAUUCUGGUUUGAAAACUAUCGCAGCUGGCUCUUUUUAGAUUAGCUGCCACAAAUUCCGUUCCGCAGCGGAGUUUAUUUAAGGUAAGCUUUGCCAUCCAUCACAGAGCAUCCUGCCUUGUGAAUAUUCAUGGACUGACUGACUGACUGACAUUGCUUUUGGUAUGAGAGGCAUGAUGUGGGCUGUCCAGAAGUCAUUAAACAUUGUCAGGAAUUAAUCGGAAGGUGGAGGUUGCUUCUGAAUCAGAAAUCAGGCUCCACAGGCAUAAUCCAUCAGCAGUCUUACUGGUGCAAGCUUUGUUGAAAUAAAUGGGAACAGGGAGAUACAGGGGGAUAGGGUUGCCAUAUUUCAAACAGUGAAAAAUUGCAAAAAAUAAGUAAAUGUUAUUUUUAUGGGGGGGGGGGGACAGCAAAAACGGCACUGCCAACAUCUCCCUACAGGGGAUAUGCUGAGUGGAUUGAGCUCCAUAUCACUGAGAGGGAUGUAUCCAAGAAUAACAUUAAAUACUAUUGAGGAAAUGUGUGCAUUAUGUGUUCGGAGACCACUGCUUAUAGCAGUAAGCAGCAUUUACCUAAACUAAAGAUUCAGGACAGACAAAAGUUCAUAAUGAAACUUUGACAUUCGCUCCUACAAGAUGUAGUGAUGACCACAAACCUGGAUGGCUUUAAAAGAGGAUAAAGCUAUUUCAUGCAGAACAGGCAUAGGCAAACUCAGUCCUCCAGAUGUUUUGGGACUACAACUCCCAUUGAAUUGAAAUACUUUAUUGUCACUUGUACAACUUGUAUACAGUGAGAUUACACAAGCACACCCCCCCACUCAGCUCUCUUAGUCUUGGUUCCCCUCAUUUACUGACAUCCACCCACCAAACCUGAAAGUCAGUUGCCCUGUUGUUAUCUUUUCAUUCAGCAGCCUAACAGCCCACGGAUAGAAGCUGUUCUUUACCCUGUUGGUGCGACUAAUCAUGCUUCUAUAUCUUCUGCCUGAGGGCAGGAGGUCAAGAAAGUGCUGGCCAGGGUGUGAAUCAUCCCUGAGAAUUUCCCUCACUCUCCUGAGGCAACAUUCGUCCGCUAUUUCAUCCAGUGGAUUCACGGGACAGCCCAUAAUAUCUUGUGCUGUAUUCACCACCCUCUGUAGGCACUUCCUAUCAGUUGAUGUCAAACCAGCAUACUACACCGUGAUGCAGUAUGAAAGGACACUUUCUAUUGUGGUCAGGGAUGAUAGGAGUUGUAGUCCCAAAACAUCUGGAGGGCCGAGUUUGCCUAUGCUUGAUGUAGAAGAAAUAAGGCUAUUGAUGGCUACUAACCACGGUGGCUAGUUUCUGCCUCCGCUGUCAGAAAUGAUAUACCUCUGUAUCCUAGUUGCUGGAUAUCACAAGUGGGAGAGCACUGAAGAUAGGAUAUUGCCCUCGUGGCCUGCUUGUGGGUUUCUCAUAACCAUCCAUUUGAACACUGUGAGUACAGGAUUCCUGGACCACAUGAGCUCUUCUGACGUUUUUAUGUUCUUAAGAUGAAAGGAACAUUUUUGACCAUAUGUUUAGGUAUGACUACAACAACUCAAGAUUCCUCCAAACUGUGAUAGAAUAUUCCACUGUAAUGCAAUAUAUUAGAAUUAUAUUGUUGUUGUUUAGUCGUGUCCAACUCUUCGUGACCCCAUGAACCAGAGCACGCCAGGCACUCCUGUCUUCCACUGCCUCCCGCAGUUUGGUCAGACUCAUGUUUGUAGCUUUGAGAACACUGUCCAACCAUCUCGUCCUCUGUCGUCCCCUUCUCCUUGUGCCCUCCAUCUUUCCCAACAUCAGGGUCUUUUCCAGGGAGUCUUCUCUUCUCAUGAGGAAUUAUAGAAUUAUAUAUAUAUGGUUAAUUGAUAGCAAUGAAUUUGGGAUGAAGAUGAUUCAUCAAUUUUAUAUCUCUUAGCUCCCCCUGCUGGAUUUGGGAUGCUUUGGUUUGUUUCUUUGGCCACAGAUGCAUUCCAAAGCCAAAACUGUGCUGAGAGGUGCUGCAUUUCUAUUUAAAUUAUAGCAAUUUUUUUCUAAAUUUGAAUUGAUACAUAUAAAUUAGCACAGACAAAUGUCAUUCAAAUAUUUGUCUUUUGCAGUCUCUUUUGGUGAUAAGAUUCCUCUCUUUUUUUGGAGAUGCAUAUGUAACCACCCUAAAAUUAUGUAGAAAUGUUGUUAAAUUAUUAACAUUUUUAAUUCAUUAAUCUUCAGAUUAGUUAGUUAAUUAAAGAUAUCCACAAGAUACCAAAAACUAGCGGAAAUUAACAGCUUCAAAAAUAAACAAGUGAGCCAUUAAUUUGGAACUUCAACUAAAAAUUGAAUUGGUUAAUAUACUAAACAAAAUUGCCAGAGCAAUUCUAACCAUCCUAUUGAAUUCAAUAGGGCUUCUUCCCAGGUAAGUGGGGUUAGGAUUGCAACCUAAUGAAAGCUUAUGAUUGUUUUAAAAAGGUGCAGCUUCAAGAUAUUUUCAUACAACCUAGGACAAAUCCUUGAAACUGAUCUAGAAAGCACUGAUGCUACUGUGACUGACCUAUAAACUCCAAAUUCCCAGAAACACAAAUUAAAAUGAACGGGAUCAAUAAGUAGUCACUGGCAAGCUAUAAUGCAUUUGUGUGCGUAUGUGUGAACAAAACAUGGAAUAUUAGGCACAUCUGGGAGCUCUGAUCUAGUUUCAGCUGAAGAGGGACAGCACCAUACUUUGAAAAAUCUUACAAGAAAAGCUGAACAUCUGAGUUCAAUAUACAGGCUACUUUUAUUAAUAAUUAUAAGCUUUCCUAACUAAACCUUCAGGUUCAGAACUGGAACUGUCAGAAGCCAGCAGCUCAGCUGAAGGCUGAGUAUAUCUUUUUUCAAAGCACACAUUUCCAUAUUAUAUUCCUCAAAACAGGGAUCAGCAAACACACCAGUGGUGUGCUGUGAAAUUUUUCAUAGGGGAACAGUUAGUAUCAGAGGCACCAGCUUGCGAGGGCCAUGGAGGGGGGUGUCACACACACGAGCCUCUGGCCCUAAGCCCAGCAGAAGUUUCCCAGGCUUUGGGAAGGAGGCACCAGGCUUUAAUACUUUAAUUUAGCGAGAUCAUUGAAGGGACCAGCAUAGUCCCCCUGGUCCACUUGACUGCACACCACUGAAAUGCACAAAGGUUUUGGCUAAAAAAUUUCAUUGAAAUUCCUAAACUGGGACGAUUGCAUUGCUUUUGCAAAAUCAACAAUAUGUUAACUGUCAAUAUUGUAUUUGUGUUUUGUCAUUUGGGAGUGGAGGUUUAGUGCAUUCACAUUGUGACACAUUAUUGGCUACUACUCUCACCGCAAAUCCUUUCUUCUCCCACAGGGCUACUCAAAUAAAGACCUACUCCUGGGAUAAUGCCCAAGUCAUUCUGGUUGGAAACAAAUGUGACAUGGAGGAUGAGAGAAUCGUUCCUUUUGAAAAGGGAAAACAUCUGGCUGAUCAGUUGGGUACAUGUUAACAUUUUACUUUUUUUGAUCCCUUCUCCCUCCAGUUAUAAGCAGGGAUGGGAAACCAAUGGCCCUCCAGAUGUUGUUGGAUUCCAACUCCCAUUAGUCCCAGCCAGCAUGACCAAUGGUCAAGGAUGAUGGAAGUUGUAGUCCAGUAUCAUCUUGAGGGCUAGAUUCCAUAUCCCUUAGUUGCAUCCUAAUUGCAGCCUCAUCUACUUUCUCAGAUAAUUGGGUUAUAAUAUUUAUUUAUUAUUUAUGCAAUUUUAUUUUUUUAUUAAAUGAGUGUAACACCGUUUACCUCAAGAUCCCAGGGUGGUUAACAGCAUAAAAAUACAGAAUAAAAACACAAAAUACAGGAUAAAAACAAGAAGAACAAAAUAAACCAAUAACUCCCCUCCCACAAACACAUUUAAAAGGACAUAGAUUGUUAAUAAGCCCAUUGACUAUUCCUCUCUGUUUAGCCUACUGUCUCAGUUGCAGUGAAAGAUGUUGUCAAUGUUGAACUACAAUCCAACUGCAGGUCUAAUAGGCUUCUGUUAUGUGGAAUGGGGAGGGGCACCAUCUUGCCUUUUGCCUCAGCCAGUAAAAUGUCUUGGUCCAACCCUGCCUGCUACCCAAGUGAACUGAGUUGAACUGUAAGCUGAAUGUCCCAUUUGGUCACAGCUGAACUUUUUGCUUCCUAUCUUUUUUCCUUUGGGCACAUACUGGUAUGUCACUACUGUCGAGUUCUGUUAGCUGGAUGUUUGCUCCGAUUCCUGUGUGACUUGCUGUCUGUAUAUGUGUGAGUGUGCAGGAGAAGUGAGUUUUGUCAGGUUUCAAUCUGGUUUUGUAUAUCGACUGGCUGGAUAUUGGUAAUUCCAGUAUUCCUAGGGAGUGAAGAGUGCAGAAUGAGUUUUUUAAAAAAACAUACUGUGUUUUGCUGGCUUUCAAGUGUCAUGGCUGAGUGAUGGAGACUUAAUGGCUGUUUUGAGAUACGUCUUUGGGAGUGAUGGCAUCAUGAGAGACUGUGAGUGUGUGAAAGAGAGAAUUAAAUAAACUGUGGGAUAUGAAUGUUUGUGGGUGUUAUGAGUGAUGUGUGACCUCAUGCCCUAUUAUUUAUACUCUCAGUGUUGUCAAGAGAGCGGCUGAACGAGGGUCAACCAGAGAGCCUUAUGGCUCAGUGAGAGAGCCUCCACAGUCUUAGCCUGACACUCUAAUUACUGGGUGCUUUCAGACCGAGGUAUAAUGUUGCAAAGCUUUCAUUUAUAUACCACAAACAGGUCAUGGGCAAGAGGCUUUUUAAGGGAUUGUAUUUUCAGUGAAAAUGAUGAAUCUGGAUUCAGUUGAGGUGGGCAAGGCUGGCAUUUUGUGUAGGCACUGUGAAAAACUUGUAUGAAUGACCAGUACCAAUACUAAUAUAAAAACCUGUCUGGAAGCAUCAUUUAUCUUUCUGCUGCUACUAUUUGCAGCAGAUGCACAGCUUUGUUUGUCAAAUAGUUGGGAGCACUGGGAGCUGUUCUGAGCUUCACAGCAGUGAGGAUUAGAGGUACCCAGGCAUGCAUAAAAUAUAAUUUUCCUCAUUUAGCUUUUCAUUGGUUGGUGUGUUAACACUGAUUGUUCAUUUCAAACAGCUGGUCUGAUGAAGCAGCCCUUUUAAUAACUUUAUGAAAAUAUUUCAGUUAAGUCAUUCCAUUUUCCAUUCUUAGUAGUUGACAUACGAAUCAGCAUGACAUUCAACAUUCAAAUUACUAUGACAGUUAACACUGCUCAUAAUUUCUCAGCAGUGUAUUUUGUUCUGACUCUUCCUUAUAUACCUUCUCAGAUUUUUUAGAACAUCAAGAAGUACGUAUAUCAAACACCAGAUUAAGAGCAUUCCAAACAGCUCUGGAGUGUAAACAUUUGCUUUUUUUGUAAGAAGAGUUAUCAGUGUGUUUAUGGAAAUUCCUUAAUUCCUAAUUUUAUUCAAACCUCUCAUGUUGACCCAGUUCUCAACUCCCAAAUCUUCACCUCUGACAACACGGUUAAAAACAAAGGACCACAAUAAAACUUUAUUCCUAAUUUUAGCUGGUUCCUGUCUAUGACUUUAUGAUUACCAAGCUGCUAUUAUCUACUGCUCUGCCUGUACCUGCAUCCAGACAUUAUAAAACAGCAAUAUUUUAAAAGUGUUUUGUAAGCUUUAAAUAUUGUUAGUAGUAGUUGUAGGCUUUUUUCUUCGUGGGCUUCAAUGCCUGAUUUAAGAUUUGUUUAUUUAAUAUGUGACUAGAGCUACGUAUUUAAUAUUUGAUGUGUUAAAAUUAUAAAAUAUGUUUUUUUUAAAAAUGGGACAAGGAAAAAAUGCAGUACAAUAGAAAAGAAUACAAUAGAAAAGAAUAAAAACAAACCCACCCCAAAAGCCUAUACAAUACAACACACAUCAACUAAAUCAGUCCACCUAACCUGAGGACCAUUUACAUACCCAAUGCUUUAUAAUAAUAAUAAUAAAUCCCCUUUACAGCUGCGCUACACUUAGGGCUUUUUUCAGCCGGAACUCACUGGAACUCAGUUCCGGCACCUCUCAGGUGGGUGCCAUUGCCAUUCUAAGAAUGAGGGUGGUGAUCAUGGAGAGUUCCGGCACUUCUUUUUCUAGAAAAAUAACACUGGCUACACUCAUAUGGUGCAAUAUCUUUCUGAACUUAAACUGAUUUUAUUUAUUUUAAAGACCAUAAACUAGAGAUUUAUACAGCAUCACUUUUAAUAAAACCUUCUUAUCUAUUCUGAACUUAGACACCUGUUUUUUUUAAAAAAAACAGACAAACCAAAAUGAACUGUUUAAUAUGACCAACAGAUAAUUUAAAGCCAGUUUAACAUGAGAAGCAGUUUUGGGAUAACCAGAUAUUGAUUUGUGUACUUUUUUCAAAAACAAAAAACAGGGUUCGAUUAUUUUGAAGCUAGCGCCAAGGAGAAUGUCAACGUGAGGCAGGUCUUUGAGCGCCUGGUGGACAUCAUCUGUGAAAAGAUGUCGGAGAGCAUGGAUUCGGAAGCUUCUAGGACAACUACUGCCGGGAAGAACGUGCGUCUCACAUACAGCCCCCCUCCGUUGCAGCAGAAGUGCUCCUGUUAAUGCCUCAAAAUCUCUAAGAAAGUUGUUGUUGCAGGAUAGGGGGCAGGUACAGUACAUCUUUUAAAAGAGAUGUUUCAGUGCUGGUGGAGCUGGAUAUGUUUGUCUGAUGUUUUGCAAAGUCUCUUUAUAUAUUUUAUACCAAAACAGUGCAAGCGCAGCUAGUGUUCCAGUGAAAAGUUAUGCUACGGUUUAAGUAGUUUAUAUAGUCUGUCACAUAUUUCUGUGUGGUUCUCAAUGUUACCAUUGUUUUGCCACCAGUCAGGUAAUCCUGACUCAAAAACACUUUAUUAGCAUCUGAUAGCUAGAGACCACUGUUAACUAUGGCACAAAAAAUUAAUUAAAAAAAGAAAGGACAGCAGUUUGAACUAUCUCACAAAAAGAUCUUCAGAAGGGAGAGGCAAUAUUGUUCUUUGUGUAAUUAACUGGUAUCUUUGCUUAAGAAGAAUUGCCCAGGAAAAGCUGUAGCUCAGUGGGAGAGCAUGCAGAAGGUCCUAGACUACAGGUAGGUAGCUGUGUUGGUCUGCCGUAGUCGAAACAAAAUAAACAAAUUCCUUCCAGUAGCACAAGGAAUUUGUUUAUUAUGUUUCAUUUGAACCAGUCAUUUUCAUUGAGGCAAAAACCACCAAGCUCAGUCACUCCAUACCACAGCAGCCACACCAUUCACAUGAGCAUGUGUCAAAAGGAAAGGGUGGUACUUUAGAGGGGCAUAUUGCCAGAAACACUGGGAACAAGUCGCUAGGGGUAUUUUUCCUAUAAAGCAGCAUUUGAAAAGCCUUGGUAUGUGCAUGGAAUUCUGGACAUGGUUUCAAUUAGACUGCAAGUACGACAGUGAUAGACAUCCAAGGCCAUUCAACGAGUUUAUGGCUUAAUUGCUCUACAGAUAAAUAUUCAGACUGUUUAAUUUUUUUGCACUUGUGGAAGUACAUUAGUUCCCAAGAAAAAAAAGACGUAUGUAACUGGGAAAAGGUUGAAAAAAAGAAUUCUGUGGCACUUUAAGGACUAACAAAUUUUGUAUAGCAAUUAGCUUUUGUGAACUAAAUUUCACUUAAUCAGAAUAUAUCAUUUAGGACCAUUCCUAUACUAUUUAAUAUUUUAAUAAUCAUAAACGGCAUGUAUUACAUGUGCACAUAAAAACUACUGAAAAUGACAAAGGCUACUAAAAUUGACACACUCUUAACUUUUCCUGCCAAUAUCCUCUACCUUCACUGAGGUCAGCUAAGCUCAGGAAGCAAUUUGUUGUAAUUGCAGGAUCAGGCAUUUGCCCUUGACAAUCUUGCAACUACCUUAAGAUUGCAAUCCCACAUAACUUGAUGGGACAUACUUCUGAGUGGACAUAUAAGAUUGCACUGUUAAUGUUCACACACAAACUCCACUUUGUCAUAGUAGGAAUAUGAACUGUGAUAGUAAGUCAAAAUAUGUUUAGUAGAGAGUUUGAAUUUGUAUUAAUUAUAAUGAGAAAGUUCUAUUUUCUUGCACAUUUGUGAUUUGGUGUUUAGCAGGCACUUUCUGUGUAGUGUUUGAAUGUACAUGUUCCUAAUUAUGAAAUCAUGACAAAAUAAAGCUGUUAUUUAGUCACCC